GAAGCCUUUAAAGAGCAGGAGUGAUAAGAGAUUUGAGUCACUUGGAAGCCCUCGUCUUACGAGCUUGGAUGCUUUGAUAUAACAAGAGGGGGCAUGGAGAACGUGGACGUGUUCACCUGUGAAGCCAAAGGCAGGGGGCUGAAGGCAGUGAAGGAAUUUUGGGCAGGAGAUGUCAUUUUUGCAGAAAGAGCCUAUGCUGCAGUUGUAUUUGACAGGUAAGGAGGACCAAAAUAAAAUGGAAGUGUGUUCCUGAAAAUUUGGACCUCACUGCUGACAGUGAAUGGAAGAGGAAGCUGAUGUGGAAACAGCUGGCUUUAAUUCAUCACAGUCUUAGCAGGGGGACUGCUGUGACUCCUUGUCUAAUUUACUAAUGAGAAGCAUUUCAGGAAGAGAGAUGCAUUUGGCUGUUAGCUAGAAGGUUAGUGGUUCGAGCCCACCCAGGGACAGCUGUGGGCAGGAUUCCCGUAAGGGGUUGGACUUGAUGACUCUCGAGGUACCUUCCAGCUCUACAAUUCUAUGAUUCUGGUGGCGCUGUGGGUUAAACCACUGAGCCUCUUGGGCUUGCCGAUCAGAAGGUUGGCGGUUUGAAUCCCCGUGACGGGGUGAACUCCUGUUUCUCGGUCCCUGCUCCUGCCAACCUAGCAGUUCGAAAGCACAUCAAAGUGCAAGUAGAUAAAUAGGUAUCACUCUGGCAGGAAGGUAAACGGCGUUUCCGUGCGCUGCUCCGGUUCGCCAGAAGCGGCUUAGUCAUGCUGGCCACAUGACCCGGAAGCUGUAUGCCGGCUCCCUUGGCCAAUAAAGCGAGAUGAGCGCCGCAACCCCAGAGUCGGCCGCAACUGGACCUAAUGGUCAGGGGUCCCUUUAUCUUUACGACCCUAUAGCCAGAAUAGAGCUGGUGCACAGUGGCAGCUCAAAGACUGAGCUGCAUCAGAAAGUUCCCAGUUAAAUUCUCACCUCUGCUGUGAUCUCACUGGGUGGCCUUAGACAGGUCACUCGUUCUCAGCCUCAGUCUCCCCCAUCUGUGCCAUGGGGAUAAUAAUACUGAUCUGCCUUACAUGGCUAUAGGAAUUACUGAGAUAUGAAGAUGCUUUAGCAUUCAAAGCAUUGCAUGGUUGGCAAACAUUUAUCACCAUGGUCACCUGCCACCAGCAGUGUCAAGCAUAUGAAUGACUUGCUUGUACUAUUCCUCUGAGGCUACCAGAUUGCGUGCUACAGGGAUAUUUCCGCCCAUAGCUGUCAAUGUUUCCCCUUUUUUAAGGGAAAUUCCCUUAUUCCGAAUAGGAUUCCUCGCAAGAAAAGGGAAAAGUUGACAGCUAUGUUUCCGCCUCUCUUUUAUUAAUACGUUUACUGUACUGAAUUUUACAGAGAUAUGUCUCUCAAGGGGUGGGAGUAGGAUUAAUCGACCUUUUUAUUUAUUUUAUUUUAUUUUAUUUAACAAGAUUUAUAUAACAAGAAAACCUCUAAGCUGUUUACAGAAAUAUAAAACUUUAAAAAUCUAAAUUAAAAAGUCUAAAACAGGAACUUAAAAUCAUUCAAAAUCAACAGCAGCUACAAAAAUUAGAAAACACAUGUAACUUCUGCAUGUCUGGAUAGGCUUUUUUAACCAUUUGCCCAAAGACCCCCAAUAUGCAGUAUACCAAUGAAUAUUUCCUAGUUGAGUUCCUACUUUCCCUCUUAUUCUCUCUUUUAUUCCUUCUUCUCUGCUACUAAGUGGAUGCUUAGUGUGAUUGUUUUCACAUAAAUAUAUUAUGUGAUCAAGGAUUCCCCCAAAUUACUGGGAAUUAAUCAAUUAUUAUUAUUAUUAAUAAUUUUUAUUAAUUUCCAAGGAAAAGGAUAUAAGCAUAACAUUGUCAAAACAAUUGGUCCCCCCUCUCCCACCCUUCCUCUGGAACAGAAGACGAAUGCAGCAAAUUUGCACAUAAACCUAUAUGUGUAGUUGGCAGAUACCAGUCAUUUGAAUACUUUAUAAAGGGAUGCCAUGUUCUAGCAAAAUCAUCCAUAUCAGUUGCAUCAUUCGGGGUGUGAACUCUUAGUGCGUUUCUCAGAUACUUCCUGUUUCCAUGGUGUGAUAUGAAACGACCAAGUCUUUCCCAAUCUUUUGCUAUGAGCAACCGUGUCGCUACAAGAAGAAAAAUGAUAAGUUCCUUGUGCAACAAUUUACGUUGAGUAUCUUAAAAAAUUCUUGAUAAACCCAAGCAUGGGUUGCAUUGUACUUCCUAAUUCGCAAUUUUGCUUGUUUCCGUAAAUACCCUUUUCCAAAAUGGUUGACCUAUCAAUUAACUGAAAUGCUUUUUGAAUCGAGCAGUUGUGAUGUCCCAACUGGCUCCACUGACUCACUCCACCUUGAAACAAGGCACUUGCAAAGGUUUCUAUAACUCCCUUCUUCCUGGUGUGAACACUAUAACUCCUCUGUGCACUGUUGUCAGGAAUGGUGAAUUUGUAGUACAUGUUCCCCUUAAGUAAAACCCAGCCUCAAGUGUCUUCCUUGAGACAUUGAUCUCCUGUUGCAGGCCUGUGUUAACAACCUCCCAGGGGGCUGCCUGUAAGUUAGUAAAGGUAAAGGUAAAGGGACCCCUGACCAUUAGGUCCAGUCGUGACAGACUCUGGGGUUGCGGUGCUCAUCUCGCUUUAUUUGCUGAGGGAGCCGGCGUACAGCUUCCGGGUCAUGUGGCCAGCAUGACUAAGCCGCUUCUGGCAAACCAAAGCAGCGCACGGAAACGCCGUUUACCUUCCCGCCGGAACGGUACCUAUUUACCUACUUGCACUUUGACGUGCUUUUGAACUGCUAGGUUGGCAGGAGCAACGGGAGCUCACCCCGUCAUGGGGAUUCGAACCGCCGACCUUCUGAUCGGCAAGCCCUAGGCUCUGUGGUUUAACCCACAGCGCCACCAACCAAGUAAAUUACUCUUCCAUGUUUGGAGCCUGAAGUCCAGGUGCUAGGCCUCACCAUGAACGUCUCCCUCAUUCUCUUAAAAUGGCAAUGGUGCCCACCUGAGAGGUGCCAGAACUAAGUUCCGGUGAGUUCCAGCUGGAAAAAACCCCCCUCCUGAAGUCCAUCUUCAAGGUUCAGCAGACAAUGCACACCCCCUUUAGUAUGCAGUUCAAAUUCUUACUUCAAUAAAUAGGCAAAAGAUCUUCCAACUCUCCCUUCCAAUUCAUCCCUGUUUGAAAAGUAGUAAGAGUUCUUUCUUUGGGUUAUGUACUGAAGUUCUCACCCUGGGCCAGCAGGGGGUACUGUAGAUAGUUUUUACUCAGGUCCGCUUAUGCAAAUAAGGAAUUGAAAGUGACAUUCAGUGAUUGGAUAGUUACAGAAAGUUGUUACUGUUGCUUUGUAGUUGAGCUCUAUAUAAGCAGGCUGGCUGAACCCUUCAGUUCAGUUCUGUUCUGGCCUGUGAAUAAACAAGAGCUGUUUGAAGAAUCGCUGUGUCGUCUGAUAUGUUCACCCACAACUUAACACGGGGCAUAGCCUGGAACAAGGGUAGGCAACCUAAGACCCGUGGGCUGCAUGCGGCCUAGUCACCUUCUAAAUCCAGCCCACAACUUCUAAAUCCAUCCCACAACUUAACACUUUGCACACUUCAUCUUCUGAAUUCUGGGCCCCUUGUAGUACCCAAGUCACAAAAUUUGGCAGAGGCACUGUUGUUGUUCACACUGGGGUGUGUGUGUGUGACUUAAAAUGCACCCUGCCUGCAUUUUGGCUCACACAGGAGAAAGUGGAACACAUUCUGCAGACUAUUGAGAGCCAGUGUGGUGUAGUGGUUAAGAGCGGUAGACUUGUAAUCUGGUGAACCAGGUUCGCUUCCCCGCUCCUCCACAUGCAGCUGCUGGGUGACCUUGGGCCAGUCACACUUCUCUGAAGUCUCUCAGCCCCACUCACCUCACAGAGUGUUUGUUGUGGGGGAGGAAGGGAAAGGAGAAUGUUAGCCGCUUUGAGACUCCUUUGGGUAGUGAUAAGGCAGGAUAUCAAAUCCAAACUCCUCCUCCUAUUGAGGGCAACUUUGGGAUCAGAGGUUGUGCCCAAGGCUGGGUGAGAUUGGAAUAAAGCUGGUUGUAAAUGAGAGUAAGAUAUUUCUUGUGAGGUGCGGAAGAGAGUCGUGAAUUCUCGAAUUGCUAUGUGAAACAAGUUGAUUGCUAGAAACCGAAAAUUGCAGUGUUGCUUGUUUGGUUUUUAUCUAUGUGCUGCCUUCAACCAUUUUGCACUUUUAACAGAACUGAAAAACGGCGGGAAAUUGCUGUGCUUUAUCUUUAUCUUUUUAAGGAUCUGGUGUACAAACUUUAAAACACUGAAGUUGGUACAGUUUUAAGACAUGCAAUGUCUUCCAAGCUCACUUGGGUUUGUUUGUUUUUAAUUAACAGUUUUAUUGGAGGCUUUCCACAUAAAUAGGCAAGGCAUGAAAGAUGUACAGGCCCAUUCAACAAUGUCUCAUUGUGGAAUUCUUGAUCAUUAUGUACAGCUGUCUUCUGACAAAAGGGUUUAUAUGUGUAGAAGCAGGAACUGUUGAUGUUACCCUUAAGCUUGUUCCAUAUCACCAUUGCUUGGAUAGUAGGUGGUGAACAUGCCAUUGCUAAAUAAAAAGGUAAAGGUAAAGGGACCCCUGACCAUUAGAUCCAGUCGUGGCCGACUCUGGGGUUGCGACGCUCAUCUCACUUUAUUGGCCAAGGGAGCUGGCGUACAGCUUCCAGGUCAUGUGGCCAGCAUGACUGAGCCGCUUCUGGUGAAUCAGAGCAGCGCACAGAAACGCCGUUUACCUUCCCGCCAGAGCGGUACCUAUUUAUCUACUUGCACUUUGACGUGUUUUCGAACUGCUAGGUUGGCAGGAGCAGGGACCAAGCAACAGGAGCUCACCCCGUUGCGGGGAUUCGAACCGCCGACCUUCUGAUCGGCAAGUCCUAGGCUCUGUGGUUUAACCCACAGCGCCACCCGGUCCCCUGCCAUUGCUGACUACUGUAUGCACAAACAGAUGGUGGUAGUUUCCCCCCUGUGCUGUUGCACAACUUAGAAACCAUGGCUGCUCGACUGAAGACUCAUCUAUACACUUUUGCUUUUUCCAUGACUUUCCCCAGAACACAGGACAUCCAGAAUUGUGCGUGAGCCUUCUUUUGAUGAACAUUUAAUCUGGCUCAUUCACCCUGCAUGGAAGAAACCAACCAUGGCUGGGGAUCUGACCAUGUGGUCUUGGUCUGCUAGUUUUAAUCACAUGAGACGAUUUUAUUGGUCUGGCACAUCACUGGGAUGAAUUCUGGUCUUCAUUGUGAAGUGCAUACAGCUUUUCUGUUAAGGAACAAACUCCUUAACAGAAUUGCUCGCAAGUGUCAAAAAGAAGCCGAGGCUGUCUUGGUGUUUCUGGGUAAUAAUCCAACACAGAUUUAAGAAUAUUCAAUUCUGUACUGAAUCAGUGAGUUCCAGUAGCUUCUGAGAACAGAGAAAUACAUUGCACUGGGCCCAAUCCUUGGUGCUUGCAACAUAUCAGAUGCACAACAGCAAAGAAAAUCUAGGGCGCAAGAAUGUCCAACAUGUGAGUUGAUUGCAAGGGAUAGCCAGCCAUGCAUUCCCAAAUCUUUUCUAAUCACAGGGAUCUAAAAGUUAUUGGUGAUAUGUCCACAUGCCUUAGGACUUCAGUCUCUCCACUGAAUGUAGCUGGUAGUCUCCAGAAUGCAAUGUACUGGAAAUCAAGGAGCACAUUCUAGAGCUUGGCUCUGUCUCUAAUGCGUUGACAGCUUAUUCCAGUAUCUCACGUUACACUCAAAGCAUUCAUGUUGGGAGGGAAGCUAUGGCAGCUUGUCAUAAUGUAAUGAGCUACUGUCCUGUAUCCAAUUAAAAGCUUGCAUCAUUGCUUCGGAGGAUUAUGAUGAAGCAGUUUUUAACGGAUGAGAUAUUGUUUGGUAAAAUAUAAUUGAGGUAAAGGUAAAGGUAAAGGGACCCCUGACCAUUAGGUCCAGUCGUGGCCGACUCUGGGGUUGCGGCGCUCAUCUCGCUUUAUUGGCCGAGGGAGCCGGCGUACAGCUUCCGGGUCAUGUGGCCAGCAUGACUAAGCCGCUUCUGGUGAACCAGAGCAGCGCACGGAAACGCCGUUUACCUUCCCGCCGGAGCAGUACCUAUUUAUCUACUUGCACUUUGAUGUGCUUUUGAACUGCUAGGUUGGCAGGAGCAGGGACCGAGCAACUGGAGCUCACCCCGUCGCGGGGAUUCGAACCGCCGACCUUCUGAGUCCUAGGCUCUGUGGUUUAACCCACAGCGCCACCCACGUUAUGAGAAACCAUAUAUAACUAUAUAUGUGCCAUAUUUAACUAUAUAUAUAUAUAUAUAUGUAAGGUUAUGGGAAACCAUAUAUAACUCUGAAUAUCAAUGAUCAUACCCUUUAACCAAAGCACAACUAUUUUGUGUAAUGUCAACCCUGAUAUAGCCAAAGGUUAAGUAUGCAGAUUGAAUAGCUCCACACUUAACAAUGCUAUCCUGUUUGCUUUUUGUGUGUGAAGAUUGGGGCAUUUGAGGGUUAGAGUGGUCUGAUCUCCCCAGAGUCAUGUGUUAUGUCUUUGUCCAAUUUGAAAUGCACCACAAAUUUUGAAACAAGGAAGCCUUGCUGCAGAACCUAGCAGUGGGGCAUAGGGCGCAAUUGUAUCUGCAUAUCUACUCUGUAAUAGGGGCAGAUGAAUGGGUCACUUUGGGUCAUAGCUGUCAACCGUCCCUUAUUUAGCGGGAAACUCCCUUAUCCCAGCGCCGUGUCCCGCUGCUGUCCCUUAUUGAUGAUGUCCCUUAAAUUUCCCGGGUUUCAUGCUCGCCCGGUUCGGGAUCCUCCACCGCGCGAGACAGAGCGCACUGGCGCCGUCGUCCUGGCGCGAGGAGUUCCAUCGGCCCAUCCCUGCCCGAGGGGGGGGGGAGGGAGAGAGACUCUCGCCCACGCCGCCCACGAGCCUGGAGGCGGCAGCGGUGGUGGCAGCUGAGGAGGCGGCCUGAGGGAGGAGGAAGAGGAGGGGAUGGGGAGGGAAGCAGAAGGGCGGCGCUUCAGCGGCCACGGCGGGAACCGUAACCGCCUCAUGCCGGAUUGACAGCAUCUGUCAAUCCUACCAAUGUAUGUAACUCUUUACAAUAGCAAAAUCCCUUAUUUUGGCUGCUGAUCCCUUAUUUUCGAGGCUGCUGGUCCCUUAUUUUCAAAUCUGUAAGUUGACAGCUAUGCUUUGGGUUUCUAUCAGUUUCUCAGUUUUCCAGUUCUUCACAUUUCUGAAUUACCGGUAGUUGGCCAGUUCUUUUUAAUGAGUCCUUGUGGAAAUUUGUGAGUAUUUCAGUGGCAAUUUCUCUUAAUGCACACCUUUCUUUGCAAGCAAUUUCCCUUAAUAUAAUUCAUUUUAUAGACUUUCCCCACUAAUAAAUGCCUUCCAAUAACAGACCAAUCUUUGGACACUUUAUUUGGUUGGAGCACUGCACCACAAAAUUCAGAGAAGCAUGAAUUUCAAAGGAUCGCUGUGUUUCGGUUUACAUAUUGUUUUUCAAAUUACAAAUUGGGUAGGGUUUGCAUUAAGAUCCUAACCAUAUGGAAUUCCCCCACCAUCCCUACUUGGUAGUAACAACUGGUGCACAUCUGGGAAAUGAACAUUUUAAAAGCUUCGAAAAUAAAAUGUUAAAUGUUAAAAAAUAAAUGUUCACUAGAUGGUGAGGCACUACUCUGUGAGAGGGAAGGUCUUACUGUUUUGUUUUGUUCUCUCCCCUGCCCUCAGUUCUGUAAAAGUCUACAUGAACACUCCUGCCAGGAGAUGUCAUUUCAAUAUUCUAUAUAUCUUUAACUGGAUACCUCAGGUUACAGACGCUUCAGGUUACAGACGCCUCAGGUUACAGACUCCGCUAACCCAGAAAUAGUACCUCGGGUUAAGAACUUUGCUUCAGGAUGAGAACAGAAAUCGUGUGGCGGCAGCGAGAGGCCCCAUUAGCUAAAGUGGUGCUUCAGGUUAAGAGCAGUUUCAGGUUAAGAAUGGACCUCCAGAACGAAUUAAGUUCUUAACCUGAGGUACCCCUGGGAUGCACGUGGUGCUGUGGGUUAAACCACAGAGCCUAGGACUUGCCGAUCAGAAGGUAGGCGGUUCGAAUGCCUGUGACGGUGUGAGCUCCCGUUGUUCGGUCCCAGUUCCUGGCAACCUAGCAGUUCAAAAGCAUGUCAAAGUGCAAGUAGAUAAAUAGGUACCACUCUGGCGGGAAGGUAAACGGCGUUUCCGUGUGCUGCUCUGGUUCGCCAGAAGCGGCUUAGUCAUGCUGGCCACAUGACCUGGAAGCUGUACGCCGGCUCCCUCAGCCAGUAAAGCAAGAUGAGUGCCGCAACCCCAAAGUCGGUCACGACUGGACCUAAUGGUCAGGGGUCCCUUUACCUUUACUACUGUAAAACCCUUUUUCUAUAUUUUGUUGAUCUGAAAUUAUUUGCCAAAGGGGGUUGAAGAGGCAUGGAUAGAAGCGGAAAGGAGGGGGAAAGUGUAAGUGGGGCCUUCCCAGCUGAUCUUGGGGGGCUGGGGGCUGAGUGAAGGCUGCUUGGCAUAUUCCUCACCUGGGUGGCUACCUGGAAGUUCCACCAUCUUGCUGGAGGUCUCCCUUGCUUCGAAGUGGCACCGCAGAGGGAUAGUUUCCUGUGUGGGGUCUGAAGUCUGGCACCUAUGAAGACUGAAAAAUGAGUGAAUAAUAAUAAUAAUAAUAAUAAUAAUAAUAAUAAUAAUUUAUUAUUGUACCCCGCCCAUCUGGCUGGGUUUCCCCAGCCACUCUGGGCGGCUUCCAACAAAGAUUAAAAAUACAUUAAAAUGUCACACAUUAAAAACUUCCCUGAACAGGGCUGCCUUAAGAUGUCUUCUGAAUGUCAGGUAGUUGUUUAUCUCUUUGACAUCUGAUGGGAGGGUGUUCCACAGGGUGGGUGCCACUACCGAGAAGGCCCUCUGCCUGGUUCCCUGUAGCUUUGCUUCUCGCAAUGAGGGAACUGCUAGAAGGCCCUCGGUGCUGGACCUCAGUGUCCGGGCAGAAUGAUGGGGGUGGAGACGCUUCUUCAGGUAUACUGUGGUAUACUGUGGCUGUGGGUCCCAGGAGUCAAGUUGUUGUUACUGGCAUCCAUCUGUCUUGAGAGACAAUGGAGUGGGCCACCAGGGGAGAAGUCAAACCUUAGAGACUUACUUCUCUGUGGCACAAGCCUGGGCAGCGUGGAUGGAGGUCCUGAGCUGCUCCGACGACAGGACCCCUCCUCUCAGCCUCGCUGAUGUGGUCCAAAGGAAAGCAGAGCAAAACGUUUGGCCCCAGUUUAGCUGCAUGAGUUGCUGGAAGGAGGCGUACAAGGCUCCCUCAGGUUUCCAUGCCCUGACAGGUUCUGCUGCCAAGUCAGAACUCAAGCAGAGUGUGAUGGCCUGCGAUACGGACUCAGAGGUUGAACCUGAGGAAUCCCAGCCUGCACAGGAGUCCCCGCCUCCAGAACCAGCUGAGCCAGGGCUGGGGCCUGAGCCUGAAGGGUCCUCACCUGUGCUGGAUCCUCAGGUGCAGGCACCAGCUGAGUCUGCUCUGGCUCCUGAGGUGAUGGAGGACCCAUUGCCUGCAGGUGCUCCACUCUCAGCCCUGUCAGGUGAGGAGGAGGUUGCCUCUGGGUCCGGUAACCCUCCAGCCUCUCUUGAGCUGCAGAGGCUCAGGGCAGAGGGAACUAAGUUCCCGCAGGAGGAGUGCUCGCCUCCAGGCCAGGAGAGGCGAGUCACCUGUGAACCGGGGCCGCCCUAUGCCUCGGGGCAGAUAAAAGCCGGCCAGCCCCAGUCCCAGGUUGUGGGAGCAACAUUGUUGGUAACCUGUUCCUGCCAGCACCCUGUCCUGCUGUGGCUCCUGCCUUGCCUUGCCGCUUCUGCCUUGCCUUGACGGACAGCCUACACACCACACCCUUGACCCCGGACUGGACACAGACCUCGCCGCACGGUAACCCCUCCGGGACCAGCACACAGAGACAGGUAGACUCAGAAAAAGCUUCUUUAAGAAACACACACAAAAAACGGACAUAAAUUUAUUGCAGAUAAGUUGAGCAACCCACACAACGUUCCAUUUCCCCCUGUAGGAUUAAACCAGGCAAGGGUUAGAGGGGGAACCAGACUGUUCCAUUAAUACAGUUUCCCCUUAAGAUACGUUCAGUAGACACACUGCCUUCCACAGAACUCAAGAAACUCGGCCACGGUGAAGUGAUGCAAACCCUGUACCUCAGGGUAGCUAAUGUUGUGUUUACUUUUGGUGUGGUGGUGACAAGAUGUCCUGCUCUUGGCCUCAGGUGAUCUGGGGAACUCUGCUGUGACAAGUAGCUCCCACUCACAAAUGCGCUAAAAGACUAGAGUCACAUCAACAGGGAUGCAAAGGGUCGCUGGGCCAUUCCUCAAAGGACAGAGGAGGGCUAUUAAUAAAGUUGUAGGGCAGGGGUGAGACGUGACUGACCCACAGCUCCUUGUCAGGAAACGGAUGCUCUGCGGACGCAACCCUGUAUCUGUGUGAUGGUUGCGUCUAAAACUCUGCCACAGCGAAUGCUUUUAGAAUACACCUGAAGGCAUCCCUGUUUAGGGAAGCUUUUAAUGUUUGAUGCAUUACUAUAUUUUAAUAUUUUGUUGGAAGCUGCCCACAGUGGCUGGGGAAGCCCAGCCAGAUGGGCGGGGUAUAAAUAAUAAAUUAUUACAGUGGUACCUCGGGUUAAGUACUUAAUUCGUUCCGGAGGUCCGUUCUUAACUUAAAACUGUUCUUAACCUGAAGCACCACUUUAGCUAAUGGGGCCUCCUGCUGCCGCCACUCCGCCAGAGCACGAUUUAUGUUCUCAUCCUGAAGCAAAGUUCUUAACCUGAAACACUAUUUCUGGGUUAGCGGAGUCUGUAACCUGAAGCGUAUGUAACCUGAAGCGUAUGUAACCCGAGGUACCACUGUAUUAUUAUUAUUAUUAUUAUUAUUAUUAUUAUUAAGCGAAGCACCCACGCUACACUAGCACUGCAUUUAUGAUGAAGGAAGAAUCCUCUUUCAAACCCUCUCCUUUCCCCUUCGUCUUCCCAAUUUUCUUAUUUUCCCUCACAGUCCCCAGCACACCCUGUUCCCUGUGACUGGAACUUGCCCUUAUCAAAGAUGGCAGCAUGCCAGGCAGUUGUCCAUCCUUGACCCCCCUUCACGUGUUGCUCAUAAGAAAAGGGGGGGGGCACCACACGAAUACUAACAUAACACCGGUCUUGAAAGACCUACAUUGGCUCCCAGUACGUUUCCGAGUACAAGUCAAAGUGUUUGUGCUGACCUUUAAAGCCCUAAAUGGCCUCGGCCCAGUAUAUCUGAAGGAGCAUCUCCACCCCCAUCGUUCUACCCGGACACUGACGUCCAGCUACGAGGUCCUUCUGGCGGUUCCCUCACUGCGAGAAGCCAAGCUACAGGGAACCAGGCAGAGGGCCUUCUCGGUGGUGGCACCCGCCCUGUGGAACGCCCUCCCACCAGAUGUCAAAGAGAACAACAACUACUAGACUUUUAGCAGACAUCUGAAGGCAGCCCUGUUUAGGGAAGCUUUUAAUGUUUGAUGCAUUACUGUAUUUUAAUAUUUUGUUGGAAGAUGCCCAGAGUGGCUGGGGAAGCCCAGCCAGAUGGGCGGGGUAUAAAUAAUAAAUAAUAAUAAUAAUUAUUAUUAUUAUUAUUAUUAUUAUUAUUAUUAUUAUUAUUAUUAGGAUGGGCAUGUAGCCAUUAUCUCUGGGAUGAGAAGCAUAACCUCAUGCAUUAGCAUAGUUGUCUGCAAAGCAAAAAACCUACAUGUGAAUAGCUGCUUGCCCAUAGGUUUCCAUGCAGCCUGCCAGGGCCGGCUCACCCACGAGGCAACAUGAGGUGACUUCUUCAGGUGGCAGGAGCAACCGGGGCAGCAGAUCCUGGUGUAGAUCUUUAUCCCCCCGUGUUCUUGAUGUUCUUUCCUGGUGGGGAGUUGGACACUAUUUUGUGGUUCACCUCAGGUUUCUUUUCCUGAUUUAGGUUCUGUUCCAGCCUUUUGCUCGACUAUGGAACCAGCAGAAAAUAAGCUACAGAACUGAUGAGAGAUGAUAGUUAAUGAUAUUUUAAUACAGGUCUUUGAAAUGAAGAUGUCGCACCUUUGCUCUCAGAAGUCACUGAAACCUUGUUUGUUAGGCAGGCUCCACUACCUUGCGUGCUGACAAGGUCGACAGAUUUAUAUGGUCUAUUUUUUUCUCCCUGGCAAGCUGUCGCAGCCAAGACUUGGAGAAGGGCAAGUGCAGUCGCCGUGGGUUUCGUUUCAGGGACUUGAGAAGUUCAUGUCCAGUGAACUUUCUGAGGAGGGGAGCUUCUGCAUCCUCUGAGUCAGAUGACAUAGGGAAGCUGUAGCCCUCCCAGGGUUGUAGGACUUCAGCUUCUAUGUCUGUGGCUCUUGUGAUGGAAUCCAACAACAUGUGGAGAACUGCAGAUUCCUCCUCUCUAGAGACGAAACACUUGCAGGAAUGGUCAUCUUCAGCAUACCUGCCUUAUGUGAUAGAGCUCUGGCCCAGCUUCCCAUCCAUGCACCAAUCCAUCUAUCCAUCUGUCCAUCUGUCCAUCUGUCCAUCUGUCCAUCUAUCCAACACACGGAGGCACAGAACAUGCCCAUGCCCACCAGGCCUGCCACAGCAUCACAUAUCCCAAAUGCCUGCACAUUGAGCGCCAAUGUUGAAAUAUAUUUGCGAACCGCUGCAUAUGAAUGGGCUCUCCACUCAGUCAGGAACCUUGUGCAGUCAAUGCUUUCAAAAGCUGUAUCUUUACAAAGUCCACCUUGCAGCCACCCCCCUUUGAUCAAGGCUAGCCCUCUUAUGGUGGUGCGGGUGGCGCUGUGGGUUAAACCACAGAGCCUAGGUUGGCGGUUCGAAUCCCGACGGGGUGAGCUCCCGUUUCUCGGUCCCUGCUCCUGCCAAUCUAGUAGUUUGAAAGCACGCCCAAAAGUGCAAGCAGAUAAAUAGGUACCACUCCAGUGGGAAGGUAAACGGCGUUUCCAUGAGCUGCUCUGGUUCACCAGAAGCGGCUUAGUCAUGCUGGCCACGUGACCCGGAAGCUGUACGCCAGCUCCCUCGGCCAAUAAAGCGAGAUGAGCGCCGCAACCCCAGAGUCAUCCGCAACUGGACCUAAUGGUCAGGGGUCCCUUUACCUUUACCUUUACAUAACAUAAAUGUUCUGUGGGGAGGUUACACUCAAAGUCAUUUUGCAGUGCCAAAUUGAUUAUCUCUGAGCAGAGAUGGAAGGAUCGGUUGGAUAUUCUCGGUUUCUCGUACAGUUCUUCAUGUCCCUGCAGCAAUCUGCAAAUUCUCUUUUUAAAAAUCCCCACGGAAAUUUGGUUUGGGGUGGGAACUGCUUUUGGGAAUGAGGGUUGGUACAGGAGAUAACGUUUGUCAUUUGUCCAAGCUGAUGGGCUCAGAAAAAUGACCUAGGUUCUUCAAAGAUUUAAGAGCUCAUGUAAUUUUCUACUUAACCUAAGGUGAGCUUAGGGGAGCUCAUCCACCAUUACUCUUCUCCAAAAGUAAACUAUUUUGUGAUUAAACAUUUUUGAUGCUCUGCACUGAGGAAGGCAGGAAGAAGUUUCAAAACCACUGGGUGAAAUGUUGCAGAAGUGCACCCUCUACUUCUGCAGCUGCCUUGCUGCCUAUCUAGUAGGUUUUAUUACCGGUAUGUAUGCCGGUGCUUUUAUCUUAUGCUGGUCUGUGACCGUAUUAAAGAUUUGGAUUGGACUGGAAGUGCUUAUGUAUCUCAGUCGAGGGCUGACUUACAUGGCCUGCAAUGCACUUGCAACAACAUGGUAAUGUGAUAUAUAGUAUCUCGGACAAGUGAAGUAGUGAUCUAAUAAUUCCUUGCAUUAAUCCUAGCAACAAUGCAGUGAGUCGUGUGACUUAUUUUCAGGGAGAUGUGAAACAGAAGUGCAGUCAUGCAGCUCAUUUCUAUGUAUGUUUGCUCACAAGUAAGUCCUAAGGAGUAAAAUGGGAUGCAAGUGUCCCUCCUGCAUUACAACUUGUGUUUAUCAUAGCCUCCUCUAAGACGGUUUAUUUCUUCGGGCAGCAGUUGCAGUUGUUUUUAUCCCAAGCCUUUGUCUCCUUGCUGCCAUAUAUGGAGACAAGCUCUGCUGCCCCUUUUCACCCUACUGACUUGGCAGCUGAUGGAAACCAGAACUUCUUGAAGUGGCCGAAUCUCAGUUUCUUGUUUACCCAGUCCAAAGUUCACUUUCUCACCGUUUCACAUCAGUCUGACUUUUUUGAGAGUCCUCUUGAAAAUUCACCCGCAUUUUUAGUUCCCAUUUCGUUUGCAAUUUUGCCAAAUACACACAUAAGGUAAAGGUAAAGGGACCCCUGACCAUUAGGUCCAGUCGUGACCGACUCUGGGGUUGUGGCGCUCAUCUCGCUUUAUUGGCUGAGGGAGCCGGCGUACAGCUUCCAGGUCAUGUGGCCAGCAUGACUAAGCCGCUUCUGGCGAACCAGAGCAGCGCACGGAAACGCCGUUUACCUUGCCACCAGAGCAAUACCUAUUUAUCUACUUGCACUUUGACGUGCUUUUGAACUGCUAGGUUGGCGGGAGCAGGGACCGAGCAACGGGAGCUCACCCCGUUGCGGGGAUUUGAACCGCUGACCUUCUGAUCAGCAAGUCCUAGGCUCUGUGGUUUAACCCACAGCGCCACCCACAUCCCUUAAAUACACACAUGCUUGCAAGCAAUUUCCCAGAACACAAUGCAUCAUUGUAUGUUAUUUUUUACUUUAGUAUGCCUUUUGAUAACUACAUCACAGCAUUUGGAGAAGUGCUGGAAAACAGAGGGGUGGACUUGGUUAGGGGGCAGAACAGAACAAGAUAAACUUAUUAUUUAUUUACCCUUUCUAAUACACUGGAACUUCAGUUUUUGAAUGUAAUCCAUUCUGGAAGACUGAUCAACUUCCGAAAUGUUCAAAAAAUGAGGAUCAAUGGGCGGUCGGCAAAAUCCAUUGAAAAAUUGAAAAACAUGCAGUGCAAGCCUUUGACUUCUGAGGCACUUUCGAAAACAGAAGCAAUUAUUUCCAGGUUUUCUGCAUUUGGGCUCCAAAUCGUUUGGCUUCUGAGAUUUACGAUAAUUUUUAUUGUCAUUGUCCCAUACAGAACAACAAAAUUGAAAAAAUCUACAUCAGACAUUAAAAAACCAAGAAGCCUGCUAUCCCAGCCUGGUUAACCCCCUAAAAACUCCGACACCCCAUAAUUAAAUACAAUAUACUCCCACAGAGACUACCUUACACUGCGUUUAAAACCAAAAUCACAUUUGGAUAAAAACUGUUUCUCAGGCGGCUAGUCCUAGUCUUUACAACCCUGUACCUUCUUCCAGAAGGCAGAAGCUGAAAGAGAUCAUUUCUGGGGUGCGCACUAUCCUGCACUAUCUCUGCAGCUUUCUUGUGACACCUGGAAGCAUAGAUUUGAUCCAGAGUGGGAAGAGUGCACCCAAUUAUUCCCUCCGCAGUCUUUACAACCCUGGACAGCAUUGUUUUUUUCCCUGACUGUGCAACUCCCAAACCACACACACAGACCAUAAGUUAAUACACUCUCAACAGUACAAUGGUAAAAUGGCAUCAAGAGGUCCUUUGAGACCUUUGAGAUGCUCAAAAACCGAGGUUUCACUGCAUGUCUUUUCCUGUUUUGACCUACAUAUCUCCUUCCCCAAUUCUUUAAGCAUGCUGGAGCAACUCCAGAAAGUUGUCUGUUAAGUCUGAUUAUGAAGAUAGUUUUGCCUGUUUGUACAACAUGAAGCGUAAGGGACACGGGUGGCGCUGUGGGUAAAACCUCAGUGCCUAGGACUUGCUGAUCGUAAGGUCGGCGGUUCGAAUCCCCGCGGCGGGGUGAGCUCCUGUCGUUUGGUCCCAGUUCCUGCCCACCUAGCAGUUCGAAAGCACCCUUAAGUGCAAGUAGGUAAAUAGGUACCACUUUAUAGUGGGAAGGUAAACGGCGUUUCCGUGCGCUGCGCUGGUGCUGGCUCACCAGUUGCAGCUUCGUCACGUUGGCCACGUGACCCGGAAGUGUCUUCGGACAGCGACGGCUCCCGGCCUCUUGAGCGAGAUGAGCGCGCAACCCUAGAGUCGGACACGACUGGCCCGUACGGGCAGGGGUACCUUUACCUUUACCUUUACAACAUGAAGCAGCUGUGUGAAGUUGUGGCUUGCAUACAGAAUUUGAACACACUGCUACUGAAGAAUGGAGCCUCUCAGAAUGUGGCCUGACGAAAGGAGCCCUUGACGGAAGCAUCCCAAACACCUCACCACAAGACAAGGUCAAAAUGUAAUUUGGGAGGAAAACAACAGAAGUGCCCAAGCAAACACACACAGAGCAGGGAGUGCCAGCAGUGACUGGAAGGAUGUUUGGUUCUUUUAAAAGUGCAACCACAGGGAAGUGUGUGGCAGUAACAAGAGUCUAUUGUAGUUUAUUCCCCUUGGGUUUUUCAUGUUCCCAUCCAAACGGAAAGCUACACUAUAGCUGUAGGUUAUGAGAAAGCUAGAGCAAUAAUUCGCCAACGAAUUUGGGAUGUGGAACUGCAGUGCCACUUGAGCGAGAUGAAUAAACACCUAGCAAUAAAAGAUAAUGGGAGAGGAUUUACCCCAGCAAAUUAUUUGUCAAAAUUACAAAUACAGUGGUACCUCGGGUUAAGUACUUAAUUCAUUCCGGAGGUCCGUUCUUAACCUGAAACUGUUCUUAACCUGAAGCACCACUUUAGCUAAUGGGGCCUCCUUGCUGCCGCCGGGCCGCCGGAGCACGAUUUCUGUUCUUAUCCUGAAGCAAAGUUCUUAACCCGAGGUACUAUUUCUGGGUUAGCGGAGUCUGUAACCUGAAGCGUAUGUAACCUGAAGCGUAUGUAACCUGAGGUACCACUGUACCCAAAUACAGACGGUCAUUUACCCUCACUGCCAUCUGCCUUAUUGCAGGGCAGAUUCGAGGGUAAACCAUACGUUGAACGAGUCUGCCCCUGCGGCUAUAUCUGUAUUGUCUCUUGUUACACCCAAUUGCAAUUCAAUGUAUUCCUGUUGUGUUUUAUGAUUUUCCUGAUAUUGUAAGUGAGUCUGUGACCGUAAUAAUAAAAUUCAUUCAUGUUACCAUUAAGUUCUGUAGGGCAAAAGCCUCGCUUCUUGACACUGGGCCUCAUCCUGAAUUCUUUCCUCAUCCACAGCAGUUAUUAACCGACACCAGAAGCUCUGUCCAUUUCAGCUUCCAAGUCCCUGCCCUGUGAUCUAUUAAAACAUGCAUCUUUAAAACCCACAUUGCUCUCUUGUCUGAAGCCCAAAUUAUGCUUGGCACAGGGCCAGUUUAAGCUGGCCAGUAUGUGCACACUGAGUGGUAUUUCUGAAGACCAGCAAUGCCCACAGAGGUUUUAUCACUGUUCCAACUUCUCUGCUGUCUGGUAGGUUCCCUAUUUCUCUCAAGCCAAGGAACCAUUUCAUCAUCUCUUAAAAAGUGUUUAUAAGUUAACGCUUUAAAACUCAAAUGCCCACAUUUCCACGUGCAAACCGUGAUCUAUAAUGGAAUCUGAAAGGCAGAGAGAGGCUGGUUUGCAGCUGUUGUGUCACCUUUGACUAAAUGUCCCCUACAUUUGAAAUGGAAUUUAUGGAGACAGCUGGUUCUUGUGCAAAGAGCAGCUGCAGCCAAACCGUUUGCCAUGGCCUGAGAGGUGACAAAGGUGUUCUACAAACCGUUAAACAAGCACCAAGUUUACAGACACAGAAGUGCAGCUCAUUAUUCCAUAUACAGUGGUACCUCUGGUUACGAACUUAAUUCAUUCUGGAGGUCCGUUCUUAACCUGAAACCAUUCUUAACCUGAAGCUCCACUUUAGCUAAUGGGGCCUCCCGCUGCCGCCGUGCGAUUUCUGUUCUCAUCCUGAUGUAAUUUCUUAACCCGAGGUACUACUUCCGGGUUAGCGGAGUCUGUAACCCGAAGUGUUUGUAACCCGAGGUACCACUGUAAUACUCAACUCUCUGUAUGUAUAACUCCCAGUUGAUCCAAUUCCAUCACCCGGUAGGAGUAUGACAGAUUUGAGCAAGACAUUUAUGUUUUGUUUUGUUUUUUAUGAAUUUUAUUAGUAUUUUCCACACAACAACAACACGAAAAAUAUUGAAAAAUAACAAUACACAACACACAAAACCCAACAUUCGAUAAACUAAAAAAGCAACAACAACUAAAAAAAAAAACAAAUCCAUAUAUUACUUAUUAAUAAUAAAUACAGUGGUGCCUCGCAAGACGAAAUUAAUUCAUUCCGCGAGUUUUUUCGUCUAGCGAAUUUUUUGUCUUGCGAAGCAUGGUGUCGGGAAAGUUUUGGAAAAGCUUCAAAAAUCACCAAAGUCUUCAAAAACCUCAAAAAAGGCUACCACACCGCGUUCUAUGAGUUGCUCCUCGAAGUCAAGUUGCAACUGUAUUAAUGGUGUUAAGAAAAAGGAAACAAACUUGCAAGACGUUUUCGUCUUGCGAAGCAAGCCCAUAGGGAAAUUCGUCUUGCGAAGCAGCUCAAAACACGCAAAACCCUUUCGUCUAGCGAGUUUUUCGUCUUGCGAGGCAUUCGUCUUGCGGGGCACCACUGUACUAAAAAAAAAAAAACAUUGACUUCCACCAAUCCCACAGCACCUCCUUUAUGUCUCAUUGUGUCUUCCUGUUUUCCUUAUCAUCUCUAUCCUAACAUCUAGAUAUAAAUCCCUCUUUCUUAUCCUUUCACUUCACAAGGUUAUUCCAGACUCAGCCAGAUUUCUGUCCUCACACCUUGACUUUUGAGGUAUUCAUUUAGGCACUCCCAUUCUUUUUUUACUUCACGUUUUGGUUUUUGUCUUAUUAUGUCUGUCAGUUUGGCUAAUUCUAAGUAUUCUGAAAGCUUACACAACCACUCCCCCCUAGUGGGUAACUGAUUCCCUUUCCAAUACUUAGCCACCCGGAUUCUUGCUGCAGACGUUGCGUAUAAGAAAAAUUUAGUUUUGUCUUUUGGAAUAUCUUCAUUUAAAAUUGCUAAAAGCAAUGUCUCUGGCCUUUUACUACACGAUAUUCUUAAUAUUUUCUUUUAUUUUUUCAUGGUUGAGCAAGACGUUUGUAACGUAAAGUGUCUGCCUGCCUGCCUGUGUGAAUAGCAGUACAUCACAACUGCAUUACAUCUUAGCCUGCCCCAGAGAUCAUUUGGGAAGUCCAAGCAAACAACUUUGGCAGCCUAGGGGCCAAACCCCCAACACAGUUUCGUUUGGCUCCUCGUGAUCCUAUAGCCAAUGAAAUGAUUGUCCACAGAUUCACCGGUACGGAAUAUGUGUGUAGAGGUGGGAGGGAGUGUGGAUGGGGAGCCCCUUCUUCCAAUAGUUCCACUUUCUGCUUGUGAUAUAAUAAUAAUAAUAAUAAUAAUAAUAAUAAUAAUAAUAAUAAUAUCUUUAUUGUCAUUGCCCCCUUCGGGGACAACGAAAUUACUUGACUGCUCCAUAAAAACACUAAUUAAUUAAUACAGUAUAAUACAGCAAGGGAGAUUAGAUGACUUUCAAAGUCCAGGCUUCCCAUUCCCAUUCAGGGCCGAGAUCACUCUGGAGAAGAAGCUGUUCUUAAGACGGCUCGUUCUUGUCUUCAUCGUCCUGUAUCUCCGUCCCGACGGCAAGAGCUCGAAGAGACAGUGACCAGGAUGCGAUGGAUCUUUUACUAUGUCCAGUGCCUUCCUAUGGCACCUAGUGGCAUAAAUCUGCUCUAAGGUAGAGAGUGGGCAGCCAACAAUGCUCUCUGCUGCCUUAACAACCCUGCACAACCCCUUCCUGUCCUGGGUAGUACAGCUUCCGUACCACACACAUAAGCCAUAAGUGAGCACGCUCUCAAUGGCACAGUGAUAGAAGGCAAGCAGCAGUUUCUGCGGAAGAUGGUUUUUCCUUAGUAUUCUCCAAAAGUACAGUCUCUGCUGUGCCUUCUUCACAAGCCCCUUGUGUUGACACUCCAGGACAGAUCCUCUUGUAACUCAAUGCCCAAAAAUCUGAACGUUGUUACCCUCUCCACACAGACCCCAUCAAUCAAAAGUGGCUGGACGUUGCUCUUCUGUCUCCUGAAGUCCACCACAAGCUCCUUUGUCUUCCUUGUAUUUAUGAGCAAGUUGUUAGCUCUGCACCACUCUGUCAGCCGCUCCACCUCAUCUCUAUAAUCCGUUUCACCCUCCCUUUCAGGGAUGAGCCCAAUCACGGUUGUGUCAUCUGCAAAUUUGACAACCCUAUUACUAGGGUGAGUAGCGACACAAUCGUACGUGUAGAGAAUAUAACUCAUGAAUAUAUCUCAUGAAUACUUUGCUCCUUUAUAAACUGCGCUUUAUAAAUGCAUGGUGCAAUGUUAUGAGCAGUGGUGCACAGAUACCUAGUAUUGCAUAAACAGUAUAAACCAUGGAGUGCUGAGACUGGAUCAUGAAUAAUGUGCUGCUGCCACUGUUGGCUGGUAUAUUGUGUUCCGUAUAAGUUGAGGUGUGUUUGGGAGUGGAGGAUGGUUGCGGAUUAACAUACAGUGGUACCUUGGUUCUCAAAUGCCUUGGUUCCCAAACGCCAAAAUCCCAGAAGUAGGUGUUCCGGUUUGCGAACAUUUUUCAGAAGCCAAACAUCUGAUGCGGCUGUCGGCUAUUGUUCCCGGGGCACCUGCACCAAUCAAAAGCUGCGCCUUGGUUUUCAAACAAUUCGGAAGUCAAAUGGACUUCCGGAAUGGAUUAAGUUUGGUGCUUUUGUUUUUGCUAUUUAUUUUGCGUUUUUGUUUUUGAAGUUGUUUCGGUUUAUUUGUUUUUGUUGACUGUGUGGAACCCAGUUCAGUUAUUGAUUGAUUGAUUAAUUUGAUUGUGUGACUGUGGAAAUGGAUAAAAGCCUCCCAUCCAAACAAUGACUAUCAUCAGUGGAGGUAAGAAAAAAUAAUAAUUUUAAUUUUUACCAUCUAUAAAUACUGUCUUAUUUAUUUUAUCGUACAGUACAUUGAUUAUUGCUUUCAUUUUAUGGAUCAAUGGUCUCAUUAGAUAGUACAACUCAUGUUAAAUUGCUGUUUUAGGGGUUGUUUUUAAAAGUCUGGAACGGAUUAAUCCGUUUUCCAUUACUUUCAAUGGGAAAGCGUGCCUUGGUUUUGGAACGCUUUGGUUUUGGAAUGGACUGCCAGCACAGAUUAAGUUUGAGAACCAAGGCAAGGUACCACUGUACUAAAAUGUCUUGGGCAAAGCCUGCCCAAGGCUAAUGUUUCUUCUGUUCUGUUUCAGAAGGUUCGCUGGUCAGAUUUUUACAAAGCAGGAUGUACAAUGCAAUCCAUGCCUGCAUUUAUUAACAAUCUUUAAAGAUACUCAAUUGAAAUUAUUGCACAGGGAACUUAUUGCUUUUCUUCUUGUAGCAGCAACAAAGCAAAAAAUGGCGAAAGAUUGGAUCGUCUACUAUAUCACACAACAGUAUGGACAAUUGCUUUGUCUGAGAAACUAGCUCCUGCCCUGAACGAUGCAGCUGAUAUGAAUGAUUUUGCUAGAACAUUGCAUCCCUUUAUAAAGUAUUCAAAUGAGCACCCUGAUGGCUGGCACCCACCAACUAUGUAUAUAGAUUUAUGGGGAAAGUUGUUGUAUACAGUAUAUGGGAAAAUUUGCUGUUUAAGAGGGGGGAAACCAGUUGUUUAGAUAAUGUUAUGCUUAUAUCCUGUUAUAAAAUUGAAAAGGUAAGAUUGGGAGGGUAUUGUGGUAUUUUACCAGUAAGAGACAAAUUGCACUCCCACCCACCCUAAUGGCUACAAAUGAGUCUGCUUCCUUAUUUAUUUAUUUAUUUAUUCAUUCAUUCAUUCAUUUCAUUUCAUUCAUUCAUUUCAUUUCAUUAUUUCAUUUCAUUUCUAUACCGCGUUAUAUUUUUAAGAAAAAUCACAAAGCAGUUUGCAGAAUAUUAAAACAUCAAUCAAACAAUAUGAAGAAAGUCAAAUAUAGAGUAUACAGUCAAAGCAACAUAAUUAACAGAAAACUAAAACGUUAUCUUAAAGAUUUCAAAACAAAACAUUACAAAGGAGGUCAGCUCCAGAAUACACAUUUAACACUGUGACGUUAACAUAUAUGAGAGAGUGCUGGAGGGGAAAUUGUUAAAUAGGUUGCUCAGACAGGACCCAGGGGGUGGAGUCAGUGGGUGUAUAAAACUAGUUCUGGGAGGAGUUUGUUGGGAGUUGUUAGUGGGCAGUUGGUUGGUUUUAGUGGGUUGGCUGGUUGGGAAAGGCAGCUGGAGAAGCAGUUGGUAAUAGAGAGACAGUUAGGGCAGUGGGUUCUUGAGUGUGGGGAGGUAGAAGAGAUAGAGAGAGGAAAAUAAGACUAAGAAAGUAAAGAGCAACAACUUUUGGAAUGCUGUAAAAGUUUUGUUUGUGUCUGAAAUAAAAUACACUCUUCUUUAUUAAUUGAAAAGCUGACUGAGACUGAAGUGAUUUUACCAGGGAGGACCUGGUUGGUGGCAGCGGAUUAGUGAUGUAUGGGUCAAUAGUCCGUGAGACGACCGGGGGCUCCAUACGAACGCCACAAACACAAACCAAGUUAACAACAACAACAAAACUUACACAUUUUUUAGACACCAUUAAGUGAAGUCAAAUAUAAAAUGCACAUUGAAAACAGCAUAAUUAACAAGAGAAUAACAUAUUAUCAUAAUCAUGGCAGGGCUGCUUGGCAGGCAACCAAAAGGUGGGGCAAAAGAAUCCAGUAGUUGGGGUUUGUUGUCAGGCAUAGAGAUGUCCCUCUGGUCUCACCAGGAACCUCUCUUCCAGCCUCACGCACCUGGUCUGCCACACCUGCUUUAAGCGCCACGAGAAGCUCCAGCGCUGCGGUCAGUGCAAGUUUGCCCAUUACUGUGACCGAACCUGCCAGAAGGAUGCCUGGGCGAACCACAAGAACGAGUGCUCUGCCAUCAAGAGGCAUGGGAAAGCGCCCAACGAAAACAUCAGGUGCGUGAAUAGGCUGGUCGCCAACGAAUGUGUGUAAUUAAUUGCUCGAGGGCUAUUAAUAAUAAUAAUAAUAAUUUUUAUUUAUACCCCGCCCUCCCCAGCCAAGGCCGGGCUCAGGGCGGCUAACAAGCAAUAAUAAAAACAAGUUGAACGAAUACAACUUAAAAACAAGAUUAAAAGACAACAUUAAAACAUUGAAACAUUAAAAUGCAACCUCAUCACAGGGGAGAAAGGAAAAAGAAAGAGGGGGAGGGAAUCAAACUGGCUCUAAGCCAAAGGCCAGGCGGAACAACUCUGUCUUACAGGCCCUGCGGAAAGAAAUCAGAUCCCACAGGGCCCUGGUCUCAUGAGACAGAGUGUUCCACCAGGCCGGAGCCAGUGUUGAAAAGGCCCUGGCUCUGGUUGAAGCCAAUCUAACUUCCUAAGGGCCCGGGACCUCUAGGGUGUUGCUAUUUAUGGACCUUGAGGCUCUUCGUGGGGCAUACUGGGAGAGGCGGUCCCGUAGGUCCGAGGGUCCUAGGCUGUGAAGGGCUUUAAAGGUCAAAAGCAGCACCUUAAAUCUGACCCUGUCCUCCAUCGGGAGCCAGUGCAGCUGGAAAAGCACUGGGUGAAUAUGCUCCCAUGGCAGAGACCCCGUGAGGAGCCUCGCUGCAGCAUUCUGCACCCGCUGGAGUUUCUGGGACAGCUUCAAGGGCAGCCCCACGUAGAGCGAAUUACAGUAGUCAAGCCUGGAGGUGACCGUCACAUGGAUCACUGUGGCCAGGUCAGGGUGGGAAAGGUAAGGGACCAACUGCUUGAUGCGGCGAAAGUGGAAAAAUGUCGCCUUGGCUGUUGCUGUAACCUGUGCCUCCAUGGAAAGGGAGGCGUCAAGGAUUACACCCAAACUCUUAACGGAAGGCAAUGGCACUAAUUGGGCCCCUGCAAGAGAAGGGAGUUGGUCCCUCAUCCCCAUGCCAUCCCGACCCAGCCAUAGGACCUCUGUCUUCGAAGGAUUUAAUUUCAAUUGGCUCCCACGAAACCAUCCAGCCACAGCUUCCAAGCAUCUGGUCAGUGUGUUCGGGGCCGAGUCGGUGUGGCCAUCCAUCAGCAGAUAGAGCUGAGUGUCAUCAGCAUAUUGGUGGCAGCCCAGCCCAAAGCUCCGGAUAAUCUGGGCAAGGGAGCGCAUAAAGAUGUUAAAAAGCAUCGGGGAGAGAAUUGUGCCCUGCGGCACUCCACACACCAAGGAAUGGUGCGACGACAUUUCCCUCCCUAGUGCCACCCUCUGUCCCCGACCAGAGAUAAAAGAGCACAGCCAGUUACGGGCUAUGCCCUGUAUCCCCACAUCUGCGAGGCAGUAACAUUAUCCUCACCCAUGGAUUUGUGCUCACGCAGGUUUAGCCAUGGACAAACAGAAGAGAAACACAAUGGGGCACAAUCUUGUCCAAACCUUACCUGUACAAUGCUGCCAAUCAUUGUAGACCAGGGGUCGGCAAUGUGAGGCCCAUGGGCCGGAUGCGGCCCACGAAGACCGUUUUACCAGCCUACAAGCUGCCCCCAAACUGAGCCGCCUGCUCGGCAAGUCCCCUGUGCACUGCGACCAGCACAGCAUGGCCCGGAGACUCAUCAAGUGGCGCCGGAAAUGGUGUCUGCACAUGUGCAGAUACCAGAAAUCACGUCUGCACAUGUCCAGAUGACAAAAAUCGCUUCUGCGCAGGCGCAGUUUUCGGCACCUGGGCAUGCGCAGAAGCGAUUUCCGGUGCCACGGACAUGCGCAGAUGCAAUUUCUAGCAUUGCACUGCGCCAGUCCAGCCCACGGACGAUCUCUGUGGGAGUGAUCCAGCCCAUGGCCGGUAAACCUUGCAGACCCCUGUAGACAGCAUUAGGCCAGCUGGACCAAUCAGCUGGACUGAUUCAUUAUGAGAUGACUUCCUAUGUCCCUAUAACCACCCCAUGGAUUUCCAACUUGGAAAUCCCUAUGGGUGCAUCUACUUCUUUCCCCAAAACUCAUAACCUUCUGGAAAUACUACUAGACUUCUAACCACAAGGCUUCUCCUUGAAAGAUCUCCAUCUGGGCCACAAGGACUGAAAUGAAGCAUUUAACAAGUCUUCUGCUCCUUGUGCUCUGUCCAGGGUCCUGAAAAAUCUGUCUAGGCUGCUUGGCGUCUUGUUCUUCCUACCCAACCCAUGAGCGUGGUCUCUCCACAACAUGCAAUGAGUAUUGGUGACAGUAGGACAGUAGGAUCAGUAUUAAGAACUGUCACUUGUUAAACAGCUUUUCAAACAUCUGCAGGGGACCCAGAUGUUUUCAGGGGUAGAUCUGGUAUAGUCCCACAACCUGAUGAGAACGAACAGAGAUCUGUGUUCUGCAUGUGAUGUGGCAAUUUUUUAAAAUAUUUCACGAUGCUGUUUAUUUUUAUUUCUUUAUUUAGAAGAAUUUAUAAACCGCUUACGGAAGGGGGGUUAUUGGUUUGUUUUCCCUUUCCCUUUUGUUUUAUUAUGCAUUUUGUGUUUCCAUUUUGUGUUUUUAUGUUGUGAACUGCCCUGUGAUCUUCAGUUGAAGGGCAGGAUACAAAUUUAAUAAAUAAAUAAAUAAACAGUAAGCAGUGUACACAAAAACAUGAUCAUGGUGCACUGACUCUGGAACACCUUCUCAAGGCAAGCCUGCCUGGUUCCAAGGCUGCUGUAUUUUGGGCACCAGUUGAAGACUUUUAAAAAUUAGCUCAAUUAUUCUAAAUAUUGCCAUUAUUCAUAUUUAAAUAUUGCUUAACGGCUGCUGCUCUAUUAUGUUUUAUAUAAUAUAUUAUAUUAUUAUUCUAUAUAUAUUAUAUUAUAUUAUAUUAUAUUAUAUUAUAUUAUAUUAAUUAUAUAACUUAUUUAUAAGCCUCUCUGAGAGCUCUUUAGGCUAAAGCAAGGGCAUAUAAAUGCCUAAAAUAACAAUUGCUAACCAAGGACAGUUUGCCCUAAUUUCUAUUGUGGGCACAAUGAUUUUAAAUUAUGUUUGCCACAUAACCAGAUACCGUAUUUUUUGCUCUAUAAGACUCUUUUUCCCUCCUAAAAAGUAAGGGGAAAUAUGUGUGUGUCUUAUGGAGCGAAUGCAGGCUGCACAGCUAUCCCAGAAGCCAGAACAGCAAGAGGGAUCGCUGCUUUCGCUGCACAGCGAUCCCUCUUGUUGUUCUGGCUUCUGAGAUUCAGAAUACUUUUUUUCUUGUUUUCCUCCUCCAAAAACUAGGUGCGUCUUAUGGUCUGGUGUGUCUUAUAGAGCGAAAAAUACGGUAUUUCCUUCUGGAGGCAAAUGACAUUAGUAAAAAGAAGGUGGGGAAUGUCUUAUUUUUCCACUGUCCACCAGUUAUUAUUAUUUUUAAUUCCUGUAAUUAAAUAAUAAUAAUAAUUUAGAAACCUCUGCUAACAUUAAAUCUUGAAACAAGAAGAUACUGUAUCUCAAGAUGUUAAGAGGAAGAUAUCUUAAGCUACCGUCAGGAAUUUGCACUUGUUCUCUAUCAGGUUCAGCCACUGUGGGGUUCCUUUAUCAACUUGUCCUAUUUAUAGAAGUGGCUAAAAAUACUCCAUUGUGAUACAGGAGACUGGAAGGUAUUGUGAGCUGUAAUGGAAAGUAUGCUUCAGGCUAUGGAGUUAGUGCUUCUGGAAGGUUGCCAGCUGUGACUGUGUUUGUAGCAGGAGGGAAAUACCAGCAUGAAUUUUCCAUUCUCAAAUGCACAGGGUGAAAAUCUGCUUUUUUUAGCAAGACCAAACCAAGAGGGUCUUCCUUUCUAUACUGUUAAUCUGAUGAUCCAGUCAACAUCAGUGAACACAAUGCCAAACCCUGGUCGAUGCAUUAACACUCACUGGAUCCCAGUCAAAGUUCGGUUUUGUUCAGCAGCAACCCCAGAGCUACAGGGAAUAAAAGCUUACAAAUACCAAGACAAACCAAAAGCUACUGAACAUAACUGAAAUAAUUUAAAUUUAAAUUAUUUACCGUAUUUUUCGCUCUAUAAGACGCACCAGACCACAAAACGCACCUAGUUUUUGGAGGAGGAAAACAAGAAAAAAAAAUAUUCUGAAUCCCAGAAGCCAGAACAGCAAGAGGGAUCGCUGCGCAGUGAAAGCAGAGAUCCCUCUUGCUGUUCUGGCUUCUGGGAUAGCUGUGCAGCCUGCUCCAUAAGACGCACACACAUUUCCCCUUACUUUUUAGGAGGGAAAAAGUGAGUCUUAUAGAGCAAAAAAUACGGUAUACCUCGCCAUAUCUGGCUGGGUCGUCCAAGCCACUCUAGGUGGCUUCCCACACAUAUAAAAACAUAAGGGCUGCCUUCAGAUGUUUUGUUCUUUAUCUCCUUGACAUCUGAUGGGUUUAUUGCUAUACACAGCUGAAUUGAAAUGGAAAAUGGAAAUGCUAUGAAGUGUAGAAUGUACAGUGGUUCCUCAGGUUAAGAACUUAAUUCAUUCCGGAGGUCCAUUCUUAACCUGAAACUGUUCUUAACCUGAGGCACCACUUUAGCUAAUAGGGCCUCCUGCUGUUGCCAGGCCGCCGUCGCCCAAUUUCUGUUCUCAUCCUGAAGCAAGGUUCUUAACCCGAGGGACUAUUUCUGGGUUAGUGGAGUCUGUAACCUGAAGCGUCUGUAACCUGAAACGCCUGUAACCCGAGGUACCACUGUAUACAGAAAAUGGAAAAUGGAAUAUAUAUAUAGCAAUUAAUACAAGGCAAGAUAUUAUCAAAUGAAUAUCAAUUGGGUAUGGUCUACAUAUGGAUUAACAAAUGGCGUGUAAUGACAAAGCAAUAGGUCAAAGCCAGGGGUCAGCAACCUUUUUCAGCCGUGGGCCGGUCCACUGUCCCUCAGACCAUGUAGUGGGCCAGACUAUAUUUUGAAAAAAAUAUAUGAACGAAUUCCUAUGUCCCACAAAUAACCCAGAGAUGCAUUUUAAAUAAAAGCACACAUUCUACUCUUGUAAAAACACCAGGCAGGCCCCACAAAUAACCCAGAGAUGCAUUUUAAAUAAAAGGACACAUUCUACUCUUGUAAAAACACCAGGCAGGCCCCACAAAUAACCCAGAGAUGCAUUUUAAAUAAAAGGACACAUUCUACUCAUGUAAAAACACACUGAUUCUUGGACCAUCCUUGGGCCGGAUUGAGAAGGCGAUUGGGCCAGAUCCGGCCCCUCGGCCUUAGAUUGCGUACCCCUGGUCAAAGCAAAUAACAUCAUUCCUAUCUCCCUCCAGCCCAUCUAGUUGUGAAAUAAUUCUAAGUUCCCAGCAUAUUAGAGCAGUAAAAAUUCAUAGUUACCCAAUGUAGGGCAGCAGACCAGAACCCCACAACAGUCCUUAGCAUAGGGAAAGCACAUGAAGUGAGGCAGAUAGCUGCAACCCCAACUUCACCCCCCCAAAUAAAAGAACGUAGAAGAAGAACCACCUAGCAAAGGAAGUUGGCUUGUUCCAUUCAUUUUUUCAUUAGUUUACUAUUAAUAUGGUUGGACCCACAUAAACGUGGACUAUUAAUUGUCAUAAUCCUCCUGGGAGAGGGAAGAAAGAUGAACAACUGGGACCCUGUGGUAUAAGUGGCUCUUUAUGAAGGGAGGAUCAGUUUGCCAAAACAAGUCAUGGGAGGCCCAGCCAGAUGGGUGGGGUAUAAAUAAUAUAUUAUUAUUAUUAUUAUUAUUAUUAUUAUUAUUAUUAUUAUUUUCUCACUUUGCUUGGGUGACAUGGCUGAUUUUUUGCCACUCUAAUCCGAAGGAACUCAGUUGCAAGCAGCUUCCACAGGAAAGACGCAAACAUGGCAAUGUGUCCUCCAUUUUAAUCCAUCAUGGCUGCUCUACUGUGUGCUUAUAACAUACCAUUUAAACUUCCUAAAGCUUUUAGCUCAAUGGAAGACAACCACUGUGCCAUGUUUCCGAAUGUGAGAGAAGUACAGUGGUACCUCGGAUUCCAAACACUUCGGGUUACAGACUCUGCUAAUCCGGAAGUAGUAUCUCGGGUUAAGAACUUUACCUCAGGAUGAGAACAGAAAUCGUGUGGCGGCAGUGGGAGGCCCCAUUAGCUAAAGUGGUACCUCAGGUUAAGAAUGGUUUCAGGUUAAGAACAGACCUCCGGAACGAAUUAAGUUUGUAACCAGAGGUACGACUGUAACCAGGUUUUCUGAUUGUAACUCCUUAAGGCCCAGUGGUUAAAUGCACAUUUUUGGCCUACUAGGUUGGCUGCCCGAAUCUUGUGGAGAAUAGAGAAAGAAGGAGGAGGCCUGACAGAGGGAUGCUUAGUUUCCAUUGACAACCUACAGAACCACGUGGAUCACUUUGGAGACGAAGAGAAGAAGGAGAUGAGGAUCGACCUGGAGAGCUUCUUGGAGUUCUGGCCACCUGACAACAAGCAAUUUGGCAUGACGUACAUCUCUCACAUAUUGGGUGUGGUAUGUCUGCCUAGUGACCCAAGCCUGGACGAAUAAAGGAAAAGCUACAGUAGUUAGAUUGUGCCAUCCCAUCAUUUAGUGCCACCUUAUGUAGGCAUAAGGGGGUUCUGCUGGAGCUUUUGCAUGUGCUGAUUCAGGUUACACAACAGAAGGGAUCUAAUGUGGGUUUUGUUUGGUUCUCAAGACCCCAGCUGACUAACCUUGCUUCAGAUUUUGGAGUACUUGUAAGGCAAGAAAACCAGGCUUUCUUGUCCUCCUAGGUCUUCCCUGGUAUUUUAACAUCUUCUGUACUUUUUGAAGACCACUUAUCUUGCAAGCUGGUUUUAACCCUAUUGGUCUCUUUUUUUAAUGAUAGCUGGUCAGGUUUUUUUUUAGCCCUCUGUUCUAAACCACUGAGCCUCUUGGGCUUGCCGAUCAGAAGGUCGGCGGUUCGAAUCCCCGCAACGGGGUGAGCUCCCAUUGCUCAGUCCCAGCUCCUGCCAACCUAGCUGUUCGAAAGCACGCCAAAAAAGUGCAAGUAGAUAAAUAGGUACCACUCCAGCGGGAAGAUAAACGACGUUUCCAUGCGCUGCUCUGGUUCACCAGAAGCGGCUUAGUCAUGCUAGCCACAUGACCUGGAAGCUGUAUGCCGGCUCCCUCGGCCAAUAAAGCGAGAUGAGCACCGCAACCCCAGAGUCAUCUACGAAUGGACCUAAUGGUCGGGGAUACCUUUAUCUUUACCUUUACCUUUCAAAAACCAUCCAGGAAAUAGUCCUGAGAAUACAGAACUUGGCUGCUCCUGUUCUGGAGAUCCACAGAUCCCAUAAUCUGUCUUGCUCUUCUGUUUUGCGGAAUAGAUAAACUGCAAUGGCUUUACUCUGAGUGAUCAACGGGGACUGCAGGCAGUUGGUGUGGGUAUCUUCCCAAACCUUUGCCUGGUGAACCAUGACUGUUGGCCCAACUGCACGGUCAUCUUUAACAAUGGCAAGUAAGUCAUCUCCUUCUGCGCAUCAAUGUGAGAAACUACGCUUGUCAACUCAGGGAAUUUCCAGAAAAUUAAUCUACUCUGAGCUGAGAGGUUGCCUGGCCCUGUUGAUUCGUGUUUUGGAGCUGCAUGAAAAUACAUUCUUGUGAGCGUUUCUGUUGGCUUCUAACAUUUCAUUGGGACCUAGUCACUGAUAAAGAUCCUAUCAGUUCUUGGGGCGGUGGGGAGAAAACAUAUUGGAAAAUGGCAAAUUUCCACAGCACGUGGGAAGGUUCUCCUCUGCAAGUCCCACUAAAAUGAUUGGGAGCUGUAUGUGAGCGUUACUAUAUCGGUGGGGUUUGCGCCGAGAACACUGCUAAGGGUUGUGCUCAGAAUGUGUGAUUUUGACAACCCUGCAGAACAAUCUUGGGUCUUGACAGAUAAGUUAGGGGAAAUGGAUAAUGUGUGAAGUUUAAGCGAACACCAGAAUGAAGCUGCCAAAUGUUGGUCUUCAACACAUCGGCAUAUUUCCCCACAAAUCCUUUUCGGUUCAUUUCUAACACAAUUAAGCAACUUUGUGCAUGCAUUUGUGGUUCUGCAGGCUUGUUGUCAUGCAAACUGCAUAGCUUUGCAAGAUGGAAGCCCCUCUUCACCCCCCCACCCUAAAAGCAGACAGGUGGCACCAGCCUGGAUUUUAAAGAAUCUGCAGCUGUAGUUAAAGGCAUAGCUGAAAUAUCUUUCCUCCAAAACCAAAAGCUUGUAACAGAAACUAUGCAUUUAUCUGCCUGGCAGAUAAGUGGUGCCAUAAUCAGAAUAUCCUCAGUAAGGAAGGAGAUGGUUUAUACCAACAGUCUGAUCUACAACUACUUCUUUUUUUUACAUUUUAUCCUAUUAGAGAAGUUUCAAAACAGUCAGACUAAAAUAUUGAAACAAAAGCAUAUCACAGUUUGAACAGAACAGAAACAGGAAAAUGUAAGUCACAGGACAGAUCUGAUACCUACUAGUGCAUGGGAAGUUGCUGGGCUAGGGAAUUCAUCUCAUCUUUGCCAUCACAGUAUUGUUGGUUCUUCCCAAACAGCAAAUUUAUUUUAAAAAAACCUUCCCCCAAAGCAAGAGAGAUCAUCCACCAAGUAGCAUCAAGGCACAGAUCCUAUGCUGAGCUUUCGAAGGCCUAAGUAAACACUCAAAUAGUUGUUAUGAAACAAUCCAUUAGCAGCCUGUUCAGUUUUUAAAGAGAGAGAAAAACUGUGGACUUGGCUAUACAGCUUGCAAAUAAAUGUUUAAAGUGUGUUGCAAAGUGCAUUAUAAAAAUGUGACAGUAGAUGGCGAUGGCAAGCUAUGACAAAUUCAAUAUAUUUUUUUGAAAACGUUAUUUUAAAAAGCAACGUUUUAAAUAUGUGUCUAGAUUCCCCCUGUGUUGAGCAGGGGCAAUUGGGAGUGAAGAAGUGUGUAACCAUAGAAUCAUAGAAUCAUAGAAUCAUAGAGUUGGAAGAGACCACAAGGGCCAUCGAGUCCAACCCCCUGCCAAGCAGGAAACACCAUCAGAGCACUCCUGACAUAUGGUUGUCAAGCCUCUGCUUAAAGACCUCCAAAGAAGGAGACUCCACCACACUCAUUGGCAGCAAAUUCCACUGUCUGUAGUUUCUCCAGUCCCAAUGGCUCCCUCGCGACUGCUCCCCCCAUGAGAUUUCAAAUGGUUCUUUGUCGAUUGAGAGGAAGGAAGCUUCCAAAUGGGUCUUGAGAUCUCUCAGCCAGGCAGUUUAACGGCACAAAUAUGAAAAGCACAUUCAAUUGUACAAAACAUAUAGGGAGGGCCACUGAUAAAAUCCAUUAAGAGCCUGAUGGAAUGAAAAGUCUUUAGAGCCCAUUUGCAUAGCUGUCAACCGUCCCUUAUUUGGCGGGAAACUCCCUUAUCCCAGCGCCGUGUCCCACUGAUGUCCCUUAAAUUUCCUGGGUUUCAAAGGAAGCAGCUCCUCUCCCUCCCUCCCUGCCGGUCAGGGAGGAGGGAGGCUCCAACUGUGUUGCUUGGCUGCCCCGCCUGCCCCCCUCCGGCCUCCUCUCACCAGCCUCAGCCCCUGGGAGCCCCUCCCCGCUGGGACUGGCGGGAGCCUCGGGCCCUUCUGCCGCCAUCCUCCUCCCGGCCGCCGAACUGAGCGUCUCUGCCUGGGGCCUCCCCUCUGCCCACCACCGCUGCCGCUGCUCCUGCUAGGCCGUACUGCAGCUGCGCCGCCCAAGAACCCAGAUGAGAUGGGCAGCCUAUGAAUUGCUGAGGAGCCUUGAGAGAAGAGCGGGGGCAACUAUAGAGAAAGCAGUUCAGAGAGAGGAGGAGGCGGCAGGUGUUCCAAGGGCUAACCAUAGAGGGGGAAAGCGGAGGAAGGACCGCAAGCGCUUCUCCCAUAGAUUUGUAGUGGUAGACUAGCAUAGAUGGUCUGAUCUGUGGGUUUACUUUGGGUGCUAUUUCCCCCCCCUCCUCCCGCCCCGCCUGAUGGAACUGAGAGCUGCAGAUGGAGCACGAGAGAAAAGAUACAGAACUGCAGCAGCAUCUUCGUAGCUUGGACUUCGUUUUGCGCGAAAAGUGGUUGCUGCUUGUAGUUAUUUAAUUGCAGUGUUUCCUCAGCUGGUGUCUUGAGCAGCAACCUCUGGAAAUGAAGGGCUAAAAACCGGCGCUGCUCUCCAAAAUUAUCUGGUCCCUUUUAACUUCGUACUUCAGCUGGUUGACUAAAAUCCCUUAUUUUGGCUGCUGAUCCCUUAUUUUCGAGGCUGCUGGUCCCUUAUUUUCCAAUCUGUAAGUUGACAGCUAUGCCCAUUUGAAGGCUGCAGGAAAGGGGUGGCAAUUCCGUCGCCUGCCGAUUGCCUUGUAAAGUCAUGGAGGAGAGUGCUGUGGCUUAGGACUCCAACUUGCAAUUUGAUAUGCUACCUUCACUGCUGCCUCUGAUCUCUACCUUGGCCCUCGAAAGCUGUACGCUAGCAUUUGAUGUACUAAAUGUAUGGAUUCCAUUUGCUUUUCUUCCUUUCUUUUUUUAGUGUGUUUACCUCUGUCAAACUGCAGAUGUCUGUUUCUUUCUUUCAGUCAUCAGGCUGUAAGAUCAUUGUUCCACACCCAGAUGAGGUGGGUUGGCCUUGAUACCAUAAUAUUUCCCCUUUCACUGCUAUCCCGCUCGAACACCCCACGUACCGACCCCAAAGUCCCACAGGCAGUAAUAACCAAGUUACAAAGAUGACUUUGUUUUUACUCUUUCUACCACCUCUAUGCAAAGUCCCACUAAACCCAACCCUUCAUUUUGUAAUCCCUGCAUUUGUAGAGUCUUUCUUUAAAAAAGUAGUCAUUAUGACAAUAAUUCCCCCUCUCCUCUGACAAACUUCCCCAUACCUCUUAAUGCCUGCUCGAAUUUAUUUCUCUCUCCAAUUCUUUCAUUGGCAAUGAUAGCAUGAGAAUUUCUAACGAUGGUAACCGUAGUAGAUCCAGUAGAUCUUUUAUUACAAGAGCAAAUAACGUGGCAUUGUCUGAUACUCUGAUUUUGGCUGCAUUGACAAACACUUUCGGGCCCCUGUUUAGAAUUACAAAACCUUAAAAGCGAUUAAAAUGGCAAAAGCCGCAGGUGUUUAUAAUAUCAGUUUAGCUAGUUCUAGGCCGCAAGGCGACACCUGUUUCUGCUGAGGUCUUCCAAGCAAAGAUCAGCCCUCUUGGUGGAUCCUCUUUCUUCAUGUGGGAAUGAGUAGAUGUAGAUCCCAUGGGGACAAUCCAGCCAAAGUUAAGUACUUAAAAAAAAUAUGUCUAAUUUUACGUAUUAACUUAAUAACACAAUGAAUGCUAAAUUUCAUUCAUUUCAAUGGGACAGAGUUGAGCACAUGGUGUCUUGGACUGGCUAGAUGCAGAGGUACGGUGGAAGAAACCAGCUGGGGAACCCCCAAGGGAAGAAAGCUCAGAGAGUGGGGAUUGGUGGUGGGACAGGGACGAGUGAUCAGAGGGAGAAGAGGGAGCAGAUUUGGAGGAGGAGGUGUCAGAAGAUGAAGAGGCAACAGGGCUUAGUGAGCAGGAAGAGGCUGUGGCAGAGCACAGUUCAGACUCCGAGGCAGAAGCAGAGGCUGGGGAGGAAGAGGGCAGGGUGCUGAAGAAGUGAGGGUGUCUCCUCCUGCUACAGUGUCCAGCUCCUCUCCACCUUGUCUCCCAGAACAUGGAGAGGGGUGGAGAGGGCAGAGCGAAGAGAGAGAAGGCAAAGGAGCCUCAGGUUGCUUGGGGAAGGAGAUUCGGGGAGCUGUAGAAAGGAAAGGAUCUUCAGUCCUUGAAGCUUCUUCAUUGGGGGCAAAACCUGUUUAACUUCAUUGACACCUUGUGAGCUAUUGCUGACCUGUCCCUGACUCCUUCCUUGACACCUGGUGAACUCUCCCCAUUGAAAUCAAUGUGUGAUCUUCUUUUAAUCCUUUGCCAUUCAUUUCAUAUUACAAUUUUCUGGUGUGCUCACCCUUGCCACUGGCUCCCUUUGUAAUGAUAACAAAAAUUAAUAAACCUAAGUACCUCAGUGAAGAAGGGCUUGCCAAUCAGAAGGUCGGCGGUUCGAAUCCCCACGACGGGGUGAGCUCCCAUUGCUCGGUCCCAGCUCCUGCCAACCUAGCAGUUCGAAAGCACGCCAAAAAAGUGCAAGUAGAUAAAUAGGUACCGCUCCGGCGGGAAGGUAAACGGCGUUUCCAUGAACUGCUCUGGUUCGCCAGAAGCAGCUUAGUCAUGCUGGCCACAUGACCCGGAAGCUGUCUAUGGACAAACGCCGGCUCCCUCGGCCUGUAAAGCAAGACGAGCGCUGCAACCCCAGAGUCGUUUGCGACCGGACUUAACAGUCAGGGGUCCCUUUACUUUUACCUCGGUGAAGAGGGAGGGAAUGGCUGGCAAGAGAUCGUGUGCUCAAUCAAUUACAAGCAGCUUAAAAACACAUGCUUAGAAGGGCGAAGUCCUCUGGGCAAGCUGGUCCAUGUGCUUUGGAGUGUGGAAGCAGGCACAUCAACCUCCUGUCACUGGUUACCUCCUCCCUUUGCAAUGAGGGGAGAGAUUUGGGGGCUGUGAAAACUGUAAGGGUUAUUCCAGGCAUUCCUGGUGGUCAGGGCCUGUCCAAGACAUUUUGGAACCACAAAAUGGUAUCCCUACGCCCCACCAGGGAAGAGGGGAUGGGUGAAGGCACUGGGGACAAGCAGGGGAAUCAAAUCAAUCUUACCAGAUGGUUGAAGUGGGAAUCCAAUCCAAGGGAGGAUCCUGCUCUCAGUCAUGCCUAAGGAUGGGAGGAGACCAGCAGUGCCUCCUCUUUGCCCGUGGGGGGCGCUACCAAGGAGGUGGCAGGUCAUGCCCCCAAGCAGUGCCCCACAGCUGCCCGAGUUGGUUGGCUCAUCUUGGGUCAUGGGUGCAAAGUAGGCUGUCAAAACUCCAAUGAUUUACAAGGGAAACGGUUGCUUGCAUGUCUCUAGAUAGAAUAGCUGAUUGUAUAUUUUAAAAAAGGCCUUUGUUGGGAGAUGUUGCAUGCUUGAAACUUAAGUCUCCACAACUAACACAUUGUUGUCUUUUUAAACCUGUCUGUAUCUAAUUAUGAACAUGGUUAAUGUGGCAUGUAAAGGAACAUCCUUUCAAAAAAAAAAGAGAGAGACAGUGCUGCUUUCAAUUGAAAAGUUGUGAUUGAAUUUGAGUGCACUGUGGCAGAUGUUUGCUAUUGGUCCCUGCAAAUCAGGGCUGGGGAACGCCAUCAUCCUUGACCAUUAGCUAGGCUGGCUGAGACAGAUGGGAGUUGGCGUUCAACAUCUGGAAGUCUACCAGUUCCUUGGUCCUGCAGCCAAUGAGCAAGCACUCAUAUAUGUGUAUUCUUCAUUUCCCCAACAAAUCUAGGGUCCUAAUGAACUGUUAUGGGGUAGCACUGUUGAAAUAAACAGCUAUGGACCUGGUCAGGGAACUUUGUGCAGGCCUUCCUGAGCUAUAGGCCUAAAAUAAAUGAUUUUUUUAAAAAAUUAAACAACUCUUGUGGUACCUGAAAGUCUAGCACAUUUACCACUGCAUAAGCUUUUGUGGUCUCUGUCCCACAAUAAUAAGAUUGCCAUAAUAAAUGUGUCGGUCUUUAACUUGCCAAAGACUCUUUAUUUGUGGCAACAGACUAACACAGCUACCCCUCUGGAAAUUAAGGGGAAAGGUGGGGGAAACUGAAAGAUCUUUACAUGCAACAUGCUUAGAAGAAUUGUGGCUGAAAAAAAUUUGACACAAUUCUGCAAUCUGGGGAGUCCCAAAGCCUAUUUAAGCAGCCCUAUUGAAAUGACAAUAGAACACAAUAUGUUUCGGAUGGUAUGGUACAAAAAUACAGAGAUGUGUUCGAAAUGGAGAUCUUUCAAAAUGCAUUCUUGUUUAUGGAUGGCAUGAUGUACCUGUGAGGACAGCCCAAAUGCUGGCAUUCCCAUGGGGGGCAAAAUAAGAAUGUUUUCUUUCCACAUUCCCCAUGCAUUCUCUCAAGCCUGAUGCCUUUGUCCUGGAGAAUGAUCGAAUGGUGCAUCAGUUCAGCUGCUAAAGCUCAGGGAGUCUGCCUUGAGUAAUGCCUUGAGUAACCAGGUGGAUUCAAAUUUAAUAAAUAAAUGGGAUUCCUCUGGUGAACCUGGUGUCCAGCUGUGCAAAGGCUCAGCUUCUUACCAUGUAAUCUGGGUGACCCAUGUCCUAAAAUCAGACCCAGUGCUACCUUCAAGUGAUUGAAGGUUGAAAGGAAAUUGGGAAAUGAUGCUGUCAGCGAGAGGGAAAGUGCUGACAAAGAUAUGACCUGUGUGCCUGAGCAGCAAAAAUAGAAACCCACUGACCAGGAAAUAUAUAUUGGUGCUCUGAGCAGAUGGUCAAGGCUGUAUGUAUGCUAUGAUCAUAUGGAAACCCAGAAAAUGCACGCAAUGUUCCAUUAGUUGCACAACUAAGGCAGCUUUCAUUUCAAAGCAACAGCUCUGAUUUCUGAUUCCUUGCGAUGUACUCUAGCAGAAGUAGGGGGAAAGAGUGAGGUAGGGGGAAAAGCCCAAUUAAUUAUAACAAACCCCACCAACAUUUUAUUGAUUUGCAUACAUUUAUGCAGGUAGCCAGGGGACGCGGGUGGUGCUGUGGUCUAAACCACAGAGCCCAGGGCUUUCCUAUCAGAAGGUCGGCGGUUCGAAUCCCCGCGAUGGGGUGAGCUCCCGUUGCUUGGUCCCAGCUCCUGCCCACCUAGCAGUUCGAAAGCACGUCAAGUGCAAGUAGAUAAAUAGGUACCACUCUGGCGGGAAGGUAAACGGUGUUUCCAUGCGCUGCUCUGGUUCGCUGAAGCGGCCUAGUCCUGCUGGCCAUGACCCGGAAGCUGUCUGUGGACAAAUGCCAGCUCCCUCGGCCUAUAGAGCGAGAUGAGCGCCGCAGCCCCAGAGUCAUUUGUGACUGGACCUAACGGUCAGGGGUACCUUUACCUUUUAUGCAGGUAGCCAAAUACAGCCUUCUGUCAUGCAGGAUUUGUGUUACCUUGGUACAGGGUUUUGGUUGUGUGGAAAGGACGCACAGCUCUCGGAAGGAAUCCUUUCGUCCUAGGCAUUGUGGGUGGUGGUGGGUCACUCCUGAUAUUAUUAUUACUGGAAAGCUACACAGACAAGUCUCUGGUGUUUAUCUGGCGCUGCCUCUUUGCUUGUUUGACACCAGGAUCGAGUUGCGUGCUCUGGGUAAGAUCUCCGUCGGGGAAGAGCUGACUGUUUCCUAUGUAGAUUUCCUCAAUGUUAGUGAAGACAGAAAGCAGCAGCUGAAGAAGCAGUAUUAUUUUGACUGUACCUGUGAGCAUUGCCAAAAAGGAAUCAAAGACGACCUGAUGACGGCUGUGAAAGAGGGGAAUGAAAAGGUAUGAGACUGAACUUGAACUAGUUCCUUCUACUUGGACUACUGCAAUGUGCUCUAUGUGGGGUUACCUUCAAAGGUGACCUGGAAACUACAACUAGUCCAGAAUGCGGCAGCUAGACUGGUGACUGGGAGCGGCCGCCAAGGCCACAUAACACCAGUCUUGAAAGACCUACAUUGGCUCCCAGUAUGUUUCCGAGCACAAUUCAAAGUCUUGGUGCUGACCUUUAAAGCCCUAAACGGCCUCGGUCCUGUAUACCUGAAGGAGCGUCUCCACCCCCAUCGUUCAGCCCGGACGCUGAGGUCCAGCUCCGAGGGCCUUCUGGCAGUUCCCUCAUUGCGAGAAGCCAAGUUACAGGGAACCAGGCAGAGGGCCUUCUCGGUAGUGGCACCCGCCCUGUGGAAUGCCCUCCCACGAGAUGCCAAGGAAAUAAACAACUUCCAGACUUUUAGAAGACAUCUGAAGGCAGCCUUGUUUAGGGAAGCUUUUAAUGUUCGAUUUAUUACGGUAUUUUAAUAUUUUGUUGAAAGCCGUCCAGAGUGGCUGGGGAAGCCCAGCCAGAUGGGCGGGGUAUAAAUAAUAAAUUAUGAUUAUAUUAUUAUAAAAUGAAUUUCUGAGCUCUGGCUGGUAUACACAAUCAGGAAUGUAAUUGAUCCUGGAGUUUUGCUAAUGAAAAGAUAAUUGGGUUGCCAGCUGGGCACUUUUGGAAAAUUCUGACAGGAAGAGCUAAAGAAGCACAUUUGAAUCGUUUCCCCUUGCCUCUUGCAGCCAUCCAAGGAAGUGGUGAAGGACGUCAUCCAGUUCUCCAGGGAAACCCUGGAAAAGAUUGAUGAGGCUCGUACCGAAGGGAUAUACCACCAAGUGAGUCACAGAAGGCUUGGUCCUCUGCUUAUUAAUGUGUUGAGGAAACCCAGACAAUUACAUCUCACGUCUACCUUAUUUUAUCACUAGGGACAUGGUGGGAGAAAAUUAUUGUCAUGAUCCCCAUCUGCCUGCCCAAAAUAAGGCUCUGAGUGAUUGGGAAGAACAAUGAUAGAAUACAUGAAAAUAGUUCCUUCCCUUAACUUAACAGAAAUAUUUAGCUGCCAAGCAAAGUUUAGGGUUUUACCAUAAAGCCCUAAACAGCCCAGGUCCUUUUUUACCUGAAAGGAUGCCUCCCCCUAGGAACCUUGUACCUACGGGACCGCCCCUCCUGGUAUGCCCUGAGGAGGACCUUAAGGUCCAUAAAUAGCAACACCCUAGUGGUCCCGGGCCCUAAGGAAGUCAGAUUAGGCUCAAACAGGGCCUUUUCAACUCUCUGUCUCUGCAGGAUCUGAUUUCUUUCCGCAGGGCCUUUGGCUUGGAAUCAGCCUGAUCCCCUCCCCUUCUUUCCUUUUCCUUCUGUGAUGGAACCCGUAUUUGGGGACUUCCCUGGCUUUUUUCUGGCCCAUGUAGGACCAGUCUGGAUAGCUGGCAUUGGUGGAGAUUUGACGUUUUCUCCCCCCAAACAGUUUUUGAUCUGGGCUUCUACUGAAAUGAGGCUGCAUUUUAAGUUGUAUUUUAAUCCUGUUUUUAAGUUGUAUGUUAAUCAAUGGUUUUUAUACCUGAUGUUAGCCGCCCUGAGCCAGGUCUUGAUGAUGAUGAUGAUGAUUAUCAUCCAACUCAGGUGGAUAAGUGGUGUCCUCUUGUGGGUACCACAUACUCCAGGAAUUUGUUUAAUGGGUACCUGGGACUUUUAGUGUGAGGGUUGAGUGCAGGAUGGGGGACCAAAUUACCCCAGAAAGAGCACGGUGUGUCCCCCACCAGUGGUACUUCCCUUCCCCUAACACACCAAGCACCCCAUUCCCCAAACAUGAUAGUGUGCUAGCUGACAAUGACAACUGUACAGGAAAGGAAUACCGUAUUUUUCGUUCUAUAGGGCGCACCGGCCCAUAGGACGCACCUCAUUUUUUUUGGGGGGGGGAAUGAAUAAAAAAAAUUAUUCCCCCCGCCGCGGCUGCCGCCCCAAGCCUUGUGCACACCUGCAAGAAGCACGGGGCACCCUCCGGAGGGCUCCCCGUGCUUCGGGCGACAGGCUGCCGCCCCAAGCCUCGCGCGCUCGGCGGGAUCACCUGCCGGGCGCGCAAGGCUUGCGGACACUCGCCAGGGCUGCAGGCUGCUGUCUGCAAGCCUUGUGAGCCCGCGGGAACUCCCACCGGGCUUGCAAGGCUUGCGGAUAGCUUCCUGAAGCCUGGAGAGCGAGAGGGGUCGGUGCGCACUGAUGCCUCUCGCUCUCCAGGCUUCAGCGAAAGCCUGCAUUCGCCCCAUAGGACGCACACACAUUUCCCCCUCAUUUUUGGAGGGGAAAAAGUGCGUCCUAUGGAGCGAAAAAUACGGUAGCUAUCCUCUUGGGAAACAAAAUAUCAUUUUGGAUAUGUGUGUUAAGCGGUUACCCAAACCGGUCGUAUAUGUUCCAACUCCCUUGUAAAACAUCAUGUCUUCAGAGCUAUGCACUGCAGAAGCAGAUUUGUUCUGCCACAAAUGUACCUCUUCCUAUGAUGUUCCUUUCUGUGUGUGGUUUGUCCUAGGUUGUGAAGCUGUGUCGUGAGUGUCUGGACAAGCAGGACCCAGUGCUGGGAGACACAAACCUUUACCUACUCCGGAUCCUCAGCAUCAUGUCAGAAGUCCUCUCUUACCUCCAGCUCUUCGACGAGGCAGCUGGUUAUUCAAAACGAAUGGUGGAUGGUUACAUGUAUGUAUAUCCAUUUUAUUCAUUUCUUUGGAAUAUCUCUAGGCUGCUAAAAGUUACCGAAUAUUGCAGCAGAGUACAGCCGCAAUAGAAAUGCAACAAAUAAAAAUGAUUUUGAAACAGUUUUCCAAAAUGAAACAUGAUGCUGACUGCAAGCCAACUCACCUUUCUGUAACAAUGUUGUUGUUGUUGUUGUUUAGUCAUUUAGUUGUGUCCGACUCUUCGUGACCCCCUUGACCAGAGCAUGCCAGGCUCUCCUGUCUUCCACUGCCUCCCGCAGUUUGGUCAAACUCAUGCUGCUAGCUUCGAGAACACUGUCCAACCAUCUUGUCCUCUGUCGUCCCCUUCUCCUUGCGCCCUCCAUCUUUCCCAACAUCAGGGUCUUUUCCAGAGAGUCUUCUCUUCUCAUGAGGUGGCCAAAGUAUUGGAGCCUCAGCUUCAGGAUCUGUCCUUCCAGUGAGCACUCAGGGCUGAUUUCCUUCAGAAUGGCGAGGUUUGAUCUUCCUGCAGUCCAUGGGACUCUCAAAAGUCUCCUCCAGCACCAUAAUUCAAAAGCAUCAAAUCAGCCUUCUUUAUGGUCCAGCUCUCACUUCCAUACAUCACUACUGGGAAAACCAUAGCUUGAACUAUACGGACCUUGGUCGGCAAGGUGAUGUCUCUGCUUUUUAAGAUGCUGUCUAGUCUGUAACAAUAGGGGAGCUUUAAAGCAUCCAGUGAAAGCUGUAUAAUGUCAUAACCUGCUUAGGUUCACCUGGCAGUUCCAUCCUUUCUCUGCUCUUCCGUAACUUAUUUGCAUAUAUAAACAAUGCAGUUAAUAUAUUCCGUGUUGCCAGUACAGUGGAUGCUCAGGUUGCGAAUGUGAUCCAUGCGGGAUGCAUGUUCACAACCUGCAGCGUUCGCAACCUGCAGCGGCGCGUCUGCGCACGCAGGGGUUGCAAUUCGGCACUUCUGCACAUGCACAAAGCGCGAUUUAGCGCUUCUCCGCAUGCAUGACUGCCGAAACCCGGAAGUAACCCGUUCCGGUACUUCCGGGUUUCGGUGCAACCUGAAGUGUCUGUAACCAGAGGUACGGCUGUAAUGCUUGUUUUUAUGAUGCUACCAAAAUGUCCAUCAGGUCAGGUAUGUGUGUUUUUGUCAAACAUCUCUCUUUUGGGCAUGAACUGAGUAGGUGUGCAAUUCAUAGCGCUCUAUUCCUGUUUUACCCAGGGGUCCCCUGUUGGUGCAGUUUGGACCGAGGGCUGGCGGCAAAGCUGUCCGCAAGUGAAGUAAUGGAGUCAACUCGGUGGAAGGGACAGGGGAGGCACCAGUGCUAUGGGGGCCAGCGAUGGAGCAAGCCGAUUGGGCGCCUGGGGCAGCGUGUGUGCCCUGCACCCAGGGGUGGGGCCAGCUGCCCGUGGGGUGGGGCAGGACAUUCUGCGGGGCCUCUGAGGAGUCUGCCUGCCUCCUCCCACUCAGCCGCCCUACAACUGAGGGGGAGACGGGCAGGCGGAUGACGCCACCGUGUCACUCCCAGGAGAGAUGCGUGGCUCAGGCGCGCUCCAGGCCCCCGCGGUGAGUGCCGCCUGGCAUUUUGUCACCCCCCUCAGUGGUGACACCCGGGGCGGCCCGCUCCCACCAAACACCCCUUCCUCUGCCCCUGAUGGGGGCUAAAUCUCCCCCAUGCUCCUGGUGAUUUCAAAGUCUGGGGCAGGAGGCACCUUCCUAUGGCAUCCUAGAUUGUAACUGUUUACUAGUCCCUUAGCAAUUACAGGGAGCCAUAGAGAAUAAAGUCUAUCGCUGUCUGUAUCAUCCAAUCCUUGAUCAUCACCAUCCAAUCCAACCUUUAUGUGGUCAUGUGCGAAAUCCCUGGCAACUAGCUGCUUGUCUUAUCCUGUCUUGUCCGAGCACAAUUCAAAGUGUUGGUGCUGACCUUUAAAGCCCUAAAUGAUCUUGGUCCAGUAUGCCUGAAGGAGUGUCUCCACCCCCAUCGUUCAGCCCGGACACUGAGGUCCAGCUCCGAGGGCCUUCUGGUGGUUCCCUCACUGCGAGAAGCCAAGUUACAGGGAACCAGGCAAAGGGCCUUCUCGGUGGUGGCACCUGCCCUGUGGAACGCCCUCCCACCAGAUGUCAAAGAGAAAAAUGACUACCAAGCUUUUAGAAGACAUCUGAAGGCAGCCCUGUUUAGGGAAGCUUUUAACAUUCAAUAGGUUAUUGUAUUUUAGUGUUUUGUUGGCAGGCACCCAGAGUGGCUGGGGAAGCCCAGCCAGAUGGGUGGGGUGAUAAAUAAUAAAUUAUGAUGAUGAUGAUGAUGAUGAUGAUGAUGAUGCAUCCCAAAGAUCCGUGAAAUUACAUUGGCAGGAUCCCAAGGGGUGCCAGGCUUUCAUGCUCCCAUAACCGUUUACCCCACCUUAAGCUUAGUAUGUUCACUUUUUGAAGACCUAUCCAUCAGUUCAGCAUGCGCCUCCAACCCUUCAACAUCACAGCUUCCAAGACACGGUCCAAAGGCACAGCAGCAAUGGUUGUGUAGUCCCAGAGGCCCAGCAUAACUUUCCAUCCAUUAUGGAGGCUGUAGUGAUUGGUGGAAGAAGGAAUGGAGUCAAACCUCCUUCUUUGGACUGAGCCCUCCGUGAAGCAAAUUGCCACAUCUCCAACAAGCUGGAAACCCAAGCAAGGAUCAAUAUAUAUGCCCCAGCACUGAUUUGCAAAUGUCAAGUGGCUUCCUUGUGUAUUUCCCCUAGGAAACUCUACCACCCAAACAACGCACAGCUAGGGAUGGCGCUCAUGAGAGCUGGAGUGACUCAGUGGCAUGCUGGCCUCAUUGAAGCAGGCCAUGGGAUGAUUUGCAAAGCCUACGCUAUUCUUCUGGUGACCCAUGGCUCCACCCACCCAAUUACCAAAGAUUUGGAGGUAAGUGACUCGUGGUAUUGUGAGGCUCCAGGAACGUAGAGUGGUACCUCUAGUUACAAACUUGAUUCGUUCCAGAGGUCUGUUCUUAACCUGAAACUGUUCUUAACUAGAGGUGUGCUUUCGCUAAUGGGGCCUCCGGUGCGCGAUUUCCGUUUGCACCCUGGGGCAAAGUUCUCAACUCGAGUUAAUUGUACAGUGGUACCUUGGGGUACAUACGCUUCAGGUUACAGACUUCGCUAACCCAGAAAUAGUGCUUCAGGUUAAGAACUUUGCUUCAGGAUGAGAACAGAAAUUGUGCGGCAGCAGUGGGAGCCCCCAUUAGCUAAAGUGGUGCUUCAGGUUAAGAACAGUUUCAGGUUAAGAACGGACCUCUGGAACAAAUUAAGUUCUUAACUUGAGGUACCACUGUAUUCCUAAAUUGGAGAGGGAAGAAGUCUGUGUGGAUGGAGGGGGGAAGGAAGGCUGAGAGAGACAGACCGACAGAGCUACAGUUACCUGAGGCCACCUGGUGAGAUCAUUGCAGAGGUGAGAUUUGAGGUGAGGACUUUGUUUCAAAUGGCAACUGUCUCUCCCUCUCACCUCAGUCACUAUGCUUCACUAGCUACAUUAAAUACACAAGCAUCAGGCUGUUCAGUAAAUUUACAGUGUUACCUCAGGUUACAGACGCUUCAGGUUACAGACUCCGCUAACCCAGAAAUAGUACCUCGGGUUAAGAACUUUGCUUCAGGAUGAGAACAGAAAUCGUGUGGUGGCAGCGGGAGGCCCCAUUAGCUAAAGUGGUACCUCAGGUUAAGAACAGUUUCAGGUUAAGAACAGACCUCCAGAACGAAUUAAGUUCUUAACCCGAGGUACCACUGUAUUUGGAGAUUGUUCAUAGGGAGAACAAAUGAUGUUGAAGUCCCUCGAAACUGGAUCUCCUUGCCAGCUGCUCCAAGUGGCAAAUUGUUUCCAGGCAUCCCUCUGGAAGGUGCAUUAGCUACAGCCAUUCAGCUCUGUUCACAUAUGCAGAAGGGCCAGACAGACUGCACAAGCGAGCCAAGUGAUCACUUGGCCUUGCAAUAUUUACAGCAGGGGUUACAACUCCCAUCUGUCCCAGGCAGCAUGGCCAAUGGUCAGGGGUUAUGAGAAUUACAGUCCUGCAGUAUGAAGGGCCACAGCUUAGUCACCCAUAAAAGUAAAGGGACCCCUGACCAUUAGGUCCAGUCGCGGACGACUCUGGGAUUGCGGUGCUCACCUCGCUUUACUGGCCGAGGGAGCCGGCGUACAGCUUCCGGGUCAUGUGGCCAGCAUGACUAAGCCGCUUCUGGCGAACCAGAGCAGCGCACAGAAAUGCCGUUUACCUUCCCGCCGGAGCGGUACCUAUUUAUCUACUUGCACUUUGACGUGCUUUCGAACUGCUAGGUUGGCAGGAGCAGGGACCGAGCAACGGGAGCUCACCCCGUUGCGGGGAUUCGAACCUCCGACCUUCUGAUCGGCAAGUGCUAGGCUCUGUGGUUUAACCCACAGUGUCACCCACGUCCCAUUAGUCAGCAAUAGGGGACCCAAAUAUAGCCAUCUGCAAUGCAAGAAAUUAAUUAUUAUUAUUAUUUCUUCUUCUUCCUCUAUACUGCCUCUCAUCCAAGGAUCACAGGGCAGUUUACAAUACGAAAACAACAAAAGACAUACCAUAGUAGCAAACAAAAACAUUAACACCCUCCACACACACAAUAACACCACCACUACCAGUGUUCGAAAAUUGCCAGACCACUUGCGACCAAGUGAAGAUGCCUGAGUGAAUGGAUGGCGCCCGACAUCUCCACCAUCUUGGAGGCGCAUGCCUGGGGAUCCUUGGGUCUUGUCAGGGAACUGCCAUCAGUUCAGGAGGGAGAGAAGAAAAGCUGGAUGGAUUACAGAGAGCCCCCAAAGAUCGUGGAAAGCAGCUCUUCCUCAGCGGGGGAGAGUAACCACGCCUCCAGUGGAGAGGAGCUGCAGGGUUCGGAGGAGGCGAGGCGUUGCCAGGACACUUUGCCUGGGCAAAGCGGGGAGGGGAGAGGUCCACCGUUACCCACGCCCUCCUUGCGCAGUAAGCUUUCGCGCCGAGAGGGGAGGCGCAGACUGGGCGUCGAGAAAUUACUUUGCUGGGGAAAGUUUAAGCCCCGCCCACUCACAGAUUCUGCCAGUGAAUGAGUCAGCCACAGGAGAGUGGCGCUCUGGACAGAUAAAGUUUAUUUUGCAUCAAAAGCAAGACUUCACAGCCGAGCAGGGAGGUACCGUAUUUUUUGCUCUAUAAGACUCACUUUUUCCCUCCUAAAAAGUAAGGGGAGAUGUGUGUGCGUCUUAUGGAGCAAAUGCAGGCUUCGCAGCUAUCCCAGAAGCCAGAACAGCAAGAGGGAUUGCUGCUUUCACUGCGCAGUGAUCCCUCUUGCUGUUCUGGCUUGUGAGAUUCAGAAUAUUUUUUUUCUUGUUUUCCUCCUCCAAAAACUAGGUGCGUCUUGUGGUCUGGUGCGUAUUAUAGAGCGAAAAAUACGGUAUUUGCCUGCUUGCUCUCAGGCAACCCCUUGGAAACCUAACAGGUCUUGGCUGUUUUAACACACUGGCAACACCUCCUGUAGAAUUAUAUCCUCUAUAUUUUAUCUGCACAGAAUGAAUUGCAGGAACCAAAAAACUCAUAUUGAAAAAUAUGACUUUUGAGUCGUCUGGCUCCCCCCCCAAUGGCAACUAGGCAUUCUGUUUUGACAACUGUAACCCUGAUUUAUGCAGCCAUUUGGCACCUAGCUUGUAUAUCUCAGUUUCUAACACUGCCCACUAAACGCUCUGUUCAUAGCCUGACCAGUGGGAUAUCAACUUGAAUAGAAGAGCAUGUUUCUAGCUGUCAAGACAAUGACACUUAAAAAUGUGUGGACUUUAUGAAACCUCAGAAGCCACAGAGUAGGGGUUAAAUGAGAGUUACAUUGGCCUUUAUUAGUUCGCAUAACCCCUAAGAGCAACCGCUUGCAGUAUGACUAGCAGAAGCAAUGUAAGUGAUGGAAGAUUAUCAUAAUGAAAUUCAGAUUUUUUAAAAAACUUGUUUUUGCGCAGAGGAUGCACAACGUGUAGUAUGACAAGGCAAAAUGUUAGCAGUUUGCGAUGGAAACUGGGUUUCAGGGUUGAGGGCUUCCUCACGCAUCGCAAGCAGACUCUCAAGAAAUUAGCUUUGUAUCUCUUUGUCUCCAUCCUUUCAGGCCAUGCGUGUUCAGUCAGAGAUGGAGCUGCGCAUGUUCCAAGAGAAUGAGUUUAUGUACUACAAGAUGCGAGAGGCAGCUCUUCAGAACCAGACAAUCCAGGUCAUGCCUGAGCCCGCCGCCAACGAGAUUUCACCUGGCAUCUUCCAGAAGAAAUAAGAAUGGGAUUGUUGGCCGGCCUGGAGGUGUCUUGUUGAAUCCCGACAGCUGGUGCAAAUCAGCCAUUUUGGUUCUGAACAGGAAGGAAGUGCCGAGGAAAGUGGGGGUUUGGUUCUGAAUGUCCGGCUCUCCUGAGGACAGCGCCAGAGAGACCUGCUUUUUCUACAUGCCCAGCAUGUUGAGUUAGAAACAUUUCACAGGAGGAAUCAAAGCCUACAUUCACUCAUUUCAAUGAUCAAUAAAGUUAUUAUGAUACUUCA